CCGGGGGAGGCGGUCACAUGGCACCGGCGACCCGCACACUCUGCACAGUCUCUUCCGGGGCGCCAAGUGAACUCGCCGGCUGUCUGUGUACUCAGUCCCCCUGCCUGCAGCGGCCGGAGCGGGGCCCCAGCCAAGCGGCUCUGUCAGGUCAGUGCAGGGGAAGGGCCUAGCAUUGCUCUGGGAGAUCCUGCAUGCAUGGUGGGGAUGGUGUGAGUGUCUGCAGGCGGGGAUCCUACUUACCGUGAAUGCAACAUCUGGAAGGUAGAACGUACAUUCUAUCCAGUUACAUUGUAUCAGUUCAUUCAGCGCUGAUCACACUGGCUGCAGGCAGUGCCUCCAUUCUAUCCAGUUACAUUGUAUCAGUUCAGUCAGCGCUGAUCACACUGGCUGCAGGCAGUGCCUCCAUUCUAUCCAGUUACAUUGUAUCAGUUCAGUCAGCGCUGAUCACACUGGCUGCAGGCAGUGCCUCCAUUCUAUCCAGUUACAUUGUAUCAGUUCAGUCAGCGCUGAUCACACUGGCUGCAGGCAGUGCCUCCAUGCCUUACAGUUAUAUUGUAUUAGUUCAUUCAGUGCUGAUCACACUGCCUGGCCAGAUUGGUGGGUUGGAGCAGUGAGAGGAACAAAAGGGGCACAUUUAGGGAGAUGCACAAGAUUUAAUGGACACAGGGAGCUUGUUCAGGCUGUCUGAACAGGAAAAGUGCUUCCCCUGCAAAAUGCAUUUGUUGCAGAAUGUAAUCCAAUGAAAUCCUGGAGGCAGUCCUAUUGGGAUUUCUCUCUGGUUAAAUGAGAAGUGUAUGAAUGCUUCAUACUGAAUGACUCUUUGUGUGCUGCUCAUCAUUAUGAAGGAAGUUGUGUGUCUGUGAUGGUGUGUCUGUUGGUAACCGUGGACACAGACUUUCAACAUCAUUAUAAGGGGGUGGUGCAUACAGUAAGGACACCAAUUGUGCCUUGCAACCCUUUAUUGUAGAUAUUUUCAGUUCAGUGUUAAUGCACGUGUUAAGAGUGACCCUACUAAUCCUGUCCUUUAUCAAGGACUCUGCAGGGGGUCAUGACCCCCAAAGUGCCACUUUCCAUUUAACAUCACAUGACUGUAUACAAUGCACUGCAUUAGCUAGGUGGCUGGUGUAUUCCUUCCAUUGUCAGGGCAGGCAUGCAUUCCCAAUGGAUCUAUAGAUCCCCAUCCCUACCCAGGCUAUUAGGGACACACACUGCACAGCUUGCUGUAUUCCUGAAUGGAGUGUAGUUGUUGUAUUUCCAUUACUGUGAGUGCCCAGGCCAGCUAUAAGGAUUGUUACAGCUCUGAUAUAUUGUGUAUAUGGAAACACUUGUAUGAUCUCCCCCACAGCCAUGUCUAGCUGGAGAUAUAACUCUAUCCUGUGCCCCUGUAUCUAUUGCAGGCAGCUCCUUCUCCCAGCAUGCUCAGCCAUGACUGGAAUAGACCCCCGUGCAGUGCAUGCUGGGCUCCUGCUGCCCCCCAUGCCUUUAUUUGGAAGUCUCUGUUUGCCAGCUGUGUGAUGAAUGAGCCCUGCAGUGAUUGACAAGUCCCGGCAGCCAAUCACCUUCCUGCCGCGUUGUCCGGUUUUAAAAAUAGAAUGAGAGUAGCGGGCUGUCAGUGGGAGGGGGCGUGUCUCUGGGCGUCACACCGCCCUCUUUGUGGGCCCGCUGUAAGGAGACUGUGGCCGCGUACUCUUGGUUUGCCCUUGAGGCGGUGACGUCACGCCGCCGUCGCUAAGCAACGGAGAAGCGACAUAGGAAGCGCUUCUUGGAGUUGCACAGGCCUAGGUCAAACUAUUCAAUGUCUGUAGGGCAGAGUGACUACAGUCUCCCUAUAGGUCACAUUGCUCAUUAUUGCACCUUCUCUAUUUAGUUUCUUUAACACUCACUCUCUAUUGUUAGUAAAUUACAGUGUGAGAAAUUAUUGUUAUUUUUGCAAGUUGUGUUCCUAUUCUGUAAAUCACAUUCACCUCCAAGGCAAGCUAGCACUGUGGAAAGCGGAAACCAAUGUACUUUUUACAUGGAGAAACAAUUCAGUGAUAACAAAUAAAAAAACAAAAAACAAACUAAAAUAUAUAAACUUUGAGUAACGCUGUAUGUGCUCAUUGCCAGGCAACUGGAAAGGGAAUGUUAAUUAAAAAUGAGUGAGAAUUGUAAAAAAUACACAGCACAACCCAUAGCUAACUUUUAGUUUGCUAUCACUGUUACGUAUAGUUGCGUUAAUGAAGACAUGCGUCCAUUAAGUUCAGCCUUUCUAACAUCUGUUUUUGCUGUUGAUCCAAAAGAAGGCAAAAAACACAGUUUGAAGCUCUUACAAUUUUGAACAAAAUAUUCCUUCUUGUGCCCAGAAUAGACGUCAAAUUUGUUUCAACAUAUGGAUAACUUUUUUUUUUUUUUUUCUUAAGUUUACUAUCCGCCUAAAUCUCAAGUGAUGGUACAGCUUUAAUGGGAUCCUAUAGUGCCAUGAAAACAAAGCCGUUUUCCUGGCAAUAUAAAGGUAGGUUCCCCCUGCGUCGCACUCCCCCCUCCCGUGGGGCUGACAGGGUUAAAACCCCUUCAGCCACUUACAUAAAUCCAGCGCCGAUGUCCUUCAGUGCUGGGUCAGGCUCCACCCAUGCUGCUUGGCGGGGGAGACCUAAUGCACAUAUGCGGCAAUGGGGAAAAUCUGAGGGUGAGGGCAUCCAGCGUCAGAUAACGGACCAAAAGUCCGUUUGGAUUAUGGAAGCCCUCUGGUGGUUGUCUGGUAGACAGCCACUGAGGGCGGACUUAGAGCUGCAGUGUAAACAUUGCCGUUCUCUGGAACGGCAAUGUUUUACAUUGCAGCACUAAGUGUAAAAGGGUCACAGCACCUAAACCACUUUACUUCAGUGAGCUGAAGUUGCCUGGGAUCCUACAGUGGCCCUUUAAGGGGAUAUUCUGCGUUUGGGGUGCAAGUAAUAUUAACAUGUAAAAAGUGCUUUUGUUUUUCUUUUCUAAGGCUAGUGCCUAUACUCAGCACACAGAACUCUUGUAGUGUACAAUACAAUGGUAAAAAUCCUAUUACCAUAUGUGUAGAAAACCACUGGUUCCACAGCUGCUCUUGUACCAUACGAAGUAUUGGUGAUGAGAUAAUCUAAUAGCUAUACAAAUUUGGGUUUAGGGAACUAUUUGCAGCUUAAAGUAGAUAUCUCCUGAACUUAUAUCAAUUUAAAACCAUGACACGUUAAACAGAAACCCUUUUCCAUGGAUAUUUGAAGCUUAAAGGGAUUCUCCAGGGUAGAGUUAACCCAACUUGAAAAUGGGCUAAAAAAUAAAAUUAAAUAUUUGCUUUUGAAGUUGAUACUUCAAAAAUCCUAGGGAUUGCAGCUUCAUUACCUGAACUAUGCCAUAGCUAUAACGUGAUUGACAACUACUGCCAAUCCAAGCAGCUCUAUUGUUUUAGUGAGAUGUCUUAUAAAGCCAUGCCCAGCACCAGCAGGUGAUUCUCAGAUGUGUAGUUAAGCACUUUGCUGCAGAAAUUAUAUUGUACUACUGUUUACGCUGCUCUUAGCUUAUGAAUAUCACCAUAUACCUGGUAUUGUGAAUAGAUAGUGGGGUUGCAGCUGCAGCAUUUUUUUUUUUUUUGAUUUACAAAUCUAUACAGGAAUAGAGGGGACCCUUUGCAUUACAACCUAUUCAAAGAUAAUAGAGAAUACCUUGGGUAUGGUGAUAGGAUUAUCAUUUUAUAGUAAGAAACUUACAUUGCUUGAUAUACAUACUGGAAGUUGUUCAGUUGGAUGUUGCUGGAAAGAGAAAUUGACAAGGAAAUUUCAAAAUAUAGCUUGUGGCUAAACCAACCUUGCCACUGGGCAUUGGAGAAGCCUGUUUGCCCGUCUGCUGACUAUGGCCCCUGGGAGAUUUGGCCCUUUAAAUACAGUAUUUGGGCAUAUUGUAUUUUAUUAUGCUGCUGCUGACUCUUUAAGAACCAUCUGGGGACUUACUGUGACUUUUGGGAACAAUGCCCCUUUAAGACUAUUUUAGCAGAUUGGAUUUUAAAAGACUUGCUGCCCCUUUAAAUUGUAUUGGAGCAGUUCUGCAGCUUUAAAUUGGCACUUCGGAUGCAGCCAAAGUAGUCGAAGUGGCUGCCAUUCGACAAACGAACACGUGGCGGCGGCCAUCUUUGUUCAUUCGAACGAGGUCAGCGGUAUGUGUAGCCAAAUCCAUGGAACUGAAAUCGGCUACUCAUUUCAACGAACACCGCUGACCCUUACCUUCUCCUACACUCCGUUUUCAGCUGCAGAGACUAAGUCCCAUUCGCCAGUUUGAACUCACUGCUAUACUAAGCUAAAUGCAUUCGAAUGGGACUUAGUCAUUUUUCUGUGUAAAAUAGACCGACCGCACAGCCCAAAUCUAUGGAACUGUUUUGGGCAGGAAAAUGUGUUUGCGAUCGGUCAUAAAGGACUCCCAGCUAACUUUUUAUCUACUGGAUGGAUUUGUCUGAUUUUUGAGAGUGUUUAUGUUUAAAGUGUGCUGAUUCUGAAUAUUAACAAUUUUUAUGAAGAUUGGACGUAUAUUUUUUAAAGUUAUAGCACAUGUAUAAAAACUGUAUUUUUCCUGCUUGUGAUAAUUGUUAACCCAUUGUGUACCAUAAAUAUAUAACAGGCAGAGGGGAGGAUUUUGUGUAUAAUUGCUGGGAGUGUUUUCUGUAAUGUACGUGUGUUAUUGGUUGUUCUGUAAAACCCUGUGGGCAGUACUAAGUUUGUGGACUGGGAAUAAAAGAGGCUGUAUGUGCCAGUACAGUCAGUUCUGCUUGACCUCAAAACGAAGUGUCGUCUCGUUAUUGGGGGAAUUGGAUUGUAUGCUGAUUUCCAGGAGUGUAAGCUGAUUGUAUGCUUUUCCUGUUCAGCUGUUUACAGCAUUCAAAUGCUUGAGAGCAUUCGCAUGCUUCUCCGGUUCGGUGGUUGUGGUGUCUGCUGCAGUGCUUGGAGUCCUCAGGAAGCGCUAGGAGCAUCCUUCAACUGAGGUACCCAGUCGGGGGGGCCAGGCGAUCCGUUACAUAGCUCUCUUGUUAGCUUUUUAUUUUAUUUUUCUUCUAAAAGCAAACCUCUAAUAAAGGCUCUUACAUAAAGUAUCGUAACACUUUUUACUGAAGUCAUUGAAAUAUUUUACAUUACUGCAUUUCUCCCGAACAUUUUCUAUAGUGAUGUAUUGAAAUAUGGUGCCAUUGUGACAUUGAAAAGUCUGCAUGCAUGCAACGUUACAUGCAUCUCAUGCACUGUUUUUUAUUAUUUUUUUUUAUUUUUUUUAAGUGUACAGUUCUGAUUUUUUUUUUAAAUUACCCAUACACUUUCUGUGAUCAGCAUCAAGGCAUGGAGCUUGUCAUUUUUUGUUUCUCUUCCUUCUAUUAAAAAAGUCACCUCCAUUCCAAAGUGCCUUCCUUUGUAUUUUAUUUUAAAUAAACUAAGGUAGAGUUAACUGUUUAUUUUUAAAAUGAAUCCUUGUCUCUCUGUUUCUUAUUCUUUUCUAAUCUACAAAAGGCAUAUGGAAAGGAAAAACAAAUGACCAUUCCAAUUUAACUUUUGUAAUAUAUGUUUCUGUGAACUGCACCAGCAUUUUCCAAAAUUGCGACGGUAGAAUAAGUGCCUAAAACCAAACACUUUCAGGGUUUGUCACUACAGUGAGAAUUCAAAGUGAAUUGUGAGUUUUUAAGGUCAAAUAGUUGUCAGCUUUACUUUCAAUUUGGCUACUGUGGCCUUGAAUUUGAAAUUCACUUUGAAUUUUCACGUUGGUAAAUAACCCUGUUUAAUUUCAACAGAAAAGGUACAACAGUUACUCCACAUUACAUAGUACUGGAUAAAUUAUAUAAUUAUUUGAUCUGCCAGUGCCAGAUGAUGCAAAUAUUAUAUUUAACCGAAAAAUUAUUUAAAAAAAUUAAUACUGUAAUAAAAAUUUUUUUUUUUAUAUAUAUAAAUAAAUGAUGAGUGAUAAGUACAAAGAAUGUGGUGUCUUUGGGUAUUUUCUUUCCUCACACCUCUGCCCACUGGCUUUCUCUUCUCUAGAUACAUAGUUCUUCUCUAUUCUGUUCUAUAAUAUUUCCCCUUUGUCACCCCUUUCCUCUCCUAUUGAUUUUACCACAGUUUUAUCAGUGAAACUUUGGCCUCGAUUUUAAAAUUGUUGGAUAAGCUUUCCAAAUGACUGAAGAUUUUUUUAAUGAACGUUUUUAUAAUUACUUUUUUAAAUAUCAAAAAUUAUAUAAACAAUAUAUCAAAAUACAAAAUAUAACAAAAUAUUUUUCAUAAUAUUAUUGAAUCAUUUUAAAAGUUUUAUCCCCAAAAAUAUUAAAUCAUUUGGAAAGCUUAUACAACAAUAUUAAAUAGAGGCCUUUGUGCUUUCUAAAGGACAACUACGGUAACUGCUUUUUGCACUGAUGAUGCUCAUUAAAGGUAAUGUCUACAAGACAAAAAAAAAUAAUCCCUAAACUGAAAUGGGAUAACUGAGCUUGACACUGAACAGGUCGUCCUGCUUGUUGUACUGUAACUAAAUUUAGUGCAACCUUCCUGCCUUUGGCAGGCAUUCAUAUUAGAAGUUGACUUAAUGGUACUUUAAUGGAAAAUUCCUCUCACAACUAAUGUUGUAAAGAUGCAUCAUAAGAUUUGUUAUAAUGCGGCUACAUUGUUUUUCCCAUUUUCAUUGGAAUUCUUUUACUACUAAAAAAGGGGGCUAAAACAAUAAAUGAUAGCCAUUAGUAGUGUGUGCAAUUUUAAUAAUGCAAUGGACUCUUGAAUGCAAUGGUAUUAUUUAUGGAAAAAUGUCUUACUUUUAGUUACAUUACAUUAUUUAUUUUAUUUUUGCUACUAUGUGGCAAAUGAGCUGUCAAGUAUUCAGUAGCUCUUUUUGAAAUACAGUACUGCAACAGUUAAAUUUAUGUAGUAGUUUUUUUUUUUCCUGUUAUCUGUGAAUGGUUGCUUAUCUUAUCAUUUUGCAACUGCUGCUAGCAGGUAUGUUUUUACUUUCUAUUUGUCACUAGGCAUUUUUCUGACCUUGUGACUUUUUUUCCCUAGACAAACCAUUUUAUUGCAUUCACUGAGCUAAGUUAACACCUUCUGGUAUGCCUAUUGGAAGUAGGGUGUACGGCGUGCAUGCUAAACCUGUUUCUAUCUGAAGUUAGUGAGGAAAUGGCUAAAUACAAAGUUGUAUUCUGCAACAUGCAUUUGUGGCAAAUGCAUUCAAUGUAAAAGAAUGUAAGCGAUUUUAUAGAUCAAAGAUUCUUCAAGAGUUACUCCAACCACCAUGACCACUUCUGCUUUUUGAAGUGGUCAUGGUGGUAGGAAUCUUUAUGUGCAGUGUUUGAUUUGCUCCACAAACCGGGAUAGUUACACUUUUUGUGCUGAGGUCUAGUUGCGCCUCCAGUACACAUGACAUAGGCAGCCUGGAACUCCGUACUACACGCUGGCCGACAGACGUUAUCAGCUUCAAGGGAAUCAUUUAUAUCCCCUACCACCGACCUAUAAUCCUAAAUUGCAGGUCCCCCGCCCAACAGCUCAGAGAGUGUACCUAUACGCUCCGAAUCAGUGAAACGGUCUAAUCAAAUACUUGCCUUGUGAGAGAGGCAGUGAUGUCAUACCGAGCAUGGAAACCAAUGUGGGUAGGCUAGUCUGGGCUUGGAUUCAAGAUUAUUUUACAGGGUUUUAAGAGGUGUGGUGUAAGUGGAAUAAUACCUAAUAGGACACUGUAAAUCACAUUUUUUUAUAUAUAUAUAUAUAUACAUAAUUCAAGAAAGUGUGCACUCAAAGAUCUUUGUGUGUGAAUUAUUCAACUGCUUUAUUUUGCAGGAAUUAUAAACAAAAUGUGUCAACGUUUUAGCCCAUCCCUGGACUUUUUUCAAGACCACUAAUACGCCGACUUCGUAGUUUAAAUAGGAAUAGUGAACAUAAAUGAAGGUGAUUGUGAUCAAAGGAAGCUCAAUAUGAUGCAUAUAGUCCUUGCCCCACUCCAAAUAUAAAGAAACAUUAACUUGAAUCAAUCAUGUUAAUAUACAAACUAUUCGUGCAAAAACCCAAGUGAAAUGCGCACAAUGUGUACAUAGUCUCUUCUAUCCUUUUUUUUUUUUUUUUUCAUUCUUUAUUUUUGCAUGCCUAGCAAUAUAUAAAGUCAGUACAGACAUUUUAUCACACAGACAUUCAAGACAGAAAAUGUCAUUGGUAAGGUUUACACUGUCAUGGGUUUGGUCAGCACUUUUUAUAAUAAUAAUAAUAGCACAAUAUAAAAUAUCAUGUUGUACAACUAGCUUUACUCCUAAUAAGGAAAAAAUAAAUAAAAUAAAAACAAAGUGAAAUCAGUAGAGUGAGAUGCAUGUUAAGCAGGAUACACCACCUCCAGGAAACAAAAACCAAAAUAUAUAAGAUACCGGCAAGGUAAGUGUUGCUUCUAUUCCGGCCCACAGAUUCCCCAUGCAUGCAGUGUGUGUGUGUGUGUGUGUGUAACUGGUACCAGUAUACAAGUAAUGGUUUUAAUGAGAGCUAGAAGGCACCUGUCGCCUAGGGUCCUAGGCAGGUUGGGAUCUGUGGAUGGGUAAGUUGUGGUGUGGUAAUUUGUUGCCUGGCCCUGGAUAGCUAUACUAGGGCAAAAUGUUUACUCUGCUUAGAGAAACGUUGCUAUAAGUUCGGAGGGCAUCGCCGUUUUGUCUAGGUCAAUCCAGGGCACAAUUCUAUUGGCCUCAUGGAUUACAUUAAUUAAUUAAUUUCUCACGUACUAACCUGGCUUAAUUGGCUAUUGCCAGAUUUUGGAAAUCUCCUACAAUACCCUCUAUCUGUUUAAAUACUACAAGAUCUAAAACAGGCUGAAAGUAUGGGAUGCCUGUAAUUUAACAGUGUCAGAGGUAUAGCGUCUAUUCUUAGACUCUCUUCAAGUUUGUCCUAUUAUAUAGCAUCAUGAUAGUGGAGAGGGGAAAGGGAAUGGAAGAAGUAAAGGAAAGAAAUAAAAGAGAAAGGAAGAGAGAGAAAAGAGAAGAGGAUCCUACUUAUCCCUCUACCUUCCCUCUCUUCCCCCCCCCCCCUGGUUGUUUUGUUUUUGUUUUAUGUUGUAGUUUACUUUGAAGGGUACUUAGAGGUAUAAAGUUUUUACAGUUUUUGUUGUAUUUGUAUCUUUACAAUAAAGAUACAAAUUUUGAAUUACAAAAAAUAAAAGGAAAGAGUCACCGGCGGAAUUGUGCCCGUUGCCUCCACUCGUUUCUUUGGAAAUUGACUGAUUUUUAGUACUUUAGACACUUUUUACAAAAGAACUCUGAUAGAUCUCCCCAAAUGUGUGAAAAUUUCAGUCAGCUGAGUGUUCACGAUCUCCUUGACCAAAUUGCAUUCUGACGUUGAAGGGUUACUCAGAGCACCAUCACCACUUCGCUUUGUAUAAUGUUUCUAUAUGGCUAAUGUAAAUUCUGGGAAUGUUGGAUGUCUAUCAUCAGCAUGCUCAACAUGCUGGUGACAGGCAUUACAUGGUGUCACCUCCCUCCCCUCAUCAUCCCCUCUGUUUUAUUAAGAGUAACCCUUAGAAAAAUUCCCUUGGGUUUGACCUGAGCAGUGGGUACAAACAGAGAUUAUGGUAAAGUAUGGAUAAAUAGGAAUUACUCUUAGAUAUAAGCAGCUUUGUAAUUUUAAAUGCACGUAUCAUCAUCAAUUGCAUCAGUAUAUAGUUUUCAUUGAUCCUCUUCCAUAACUGCCCCAGAUUGUACAAGGAUAAAAGUAUUACUAGUGUUUUCAAAGCACAAUCAUCAAUGUUCAUAAUUGUGACUUAUUAACUUUUUUUUUUUUCUUCCUCUGUAGGACUCAAGUGUGAAACCAAGAAUAAUACUGAUACAUCAUGGCUGCGCUCUUAAGAUCAGUAGCCACCAGCUGCUCGGUUCCCCUCUUCAGCAGUGCCAUUUCACUGAAGGCUCAGACUGUAAAGACACCAUGCCUGCGCAUGUUCCGUACUCACAGAGCCCUGUGGUGCCAGAAGCCAGUGCAACAAGGUAACAAUGAAGCAUUAUUCUGUGUUUACACUUAAAGGGACACUACAGACACCUAGACCACUCAUCUUACUGUAGUGGUCUGGUGCACUGUCACUGUCACUGUCCCCAUAACCCUGCAGACCUGUAGUGGUCUGGUGCACUGGCACUGUCCCCUUUCAGAGAAACUGCAAUGUUUAUAUUGCAUUGUGUUUUAAGACUUUCUCUUGUUGCUGUCUACAAUACAGUCACUAGAGGUGCUUCUUGCUGUUUCACAGAGUUUAACUCCCUGAAAUGUCGCUGGACGCACUCACGAUGUGCAUGAGGAUGUCCAGCACCUUCAUUCAGCACCUUCAGCAUCCCUGAAAUUCCAACCCAGUCAAGAUAUUUGGAGACACAGUAGUCGCUGCUUUGUCUCCGUAUUUGUUUCCUCCGCCUGACGUACUUUACAUUGGGGGGAGCGAACAACACCACUCAGCUGUCACCAAAUUAGCUCUGUAGAUUUUAAUGCUGUUCUCUCACGCUUGUGUGAGUACACUAGUACUGUCAGCUCUAUGACUCAAGAAGAAAGUAUAUUUUAGUAAUAUAUUUUAUUUUGUUUUAAGUCAGUAGGUUAAGCACACAAAUUCCAUGUUUUUAAGUCUGUGCAGAUAUGGAGCGUACUUUAAAAUUAGUAGUAAGUACUCAUACUUGAAAUGUGAUUUUAGGGGGUUUAUUGAGCAGUGCAUUUUUCUCACAGUGUUUACCGAGCAGUGUCAUUUUUGUACAAAGUAUAAGGUAUGACCAAAAAACAGAUGUGCUUUUAUGCCCUGUUUGCUACAAGCUCUAAAUCUGGCGGCCAUUGUAAAUACAUUGCUACACUGGGAAUCUGCAAGCGAGGUUCAUCAUUGAUUUUGCAUACGGGGGGCAUAAUGAAAUAAUCACCAAUGAGCAACACUUAGAAUGACAUAGACAAUGACAAUCUUGCACAUUAUUUUCAGCAUUUUCUGAGGAAUGUUUUUAAUUUUUAAAUUCUUAAAAUGGCUUACUCAUUUUAGACUUCAAUGCACAAAUAAUAUUUGUGGUUUAAUUGCAUGACAGAUAAGAGAUGUUUAGCAAUUUUCUAAUAAUGUGUCCUCUACAAAUUUUAGUUACUAUAAAGGCCGGCAAAACAGAACUGAAAGAGUGAAGAAUAGAUUUUGAUGAAAAUGUCUUAUGUGUUUUAUGACUUAAAUUAACCGACUGUAAUCUGUUUUUCCUUUUUAUGUUGAGUGCUUCAUAAGCAAGUUACAAACCCAACUUAAUGAAAUGCCUUUUCUUAUUUUGUCUUCUUUUUCUUUUUUUUUCUCGUGUGUAUCGUAUGAAAGUCACGUGUCAUUGGUUUAUGGUGAAAACGAUGACAAUCCACUGAUAUGCUUAAUAUUGAAACUUGCAGCCAAUCAGGCUAACCAGUGACUUUCAUUUGACUUUUGUUAGGUCAAGUGUUGUGUUUAAGAAAUAUAUAUGUAUUAUCAUUGCAGUUACUUCUGAUGUGGGUAGCCUAACUCAGAUGUGUUUUACAAAUAUAAAAGUCACGGUGUGAUGCACAUUUAUCCUGACCCUGCAUUGUGUGGCUGUGUGGCUUGUUGUUUUUUUAGGACUAGUUUGUCCUGUCCACACACGUGAACUAAGGCUAAGAGACAGAAUGGAUAUGAAAAAAAGGUGCAAAUUCUUGAAAAUGGGAAGCUAUUAGUGAUAUCUUUAUCAUGGAAGUCCUCAGAAGCUAUUCACUGAACAGUGAAUUACAGUUAUUUUGAGAAAACCAAUUUGCCUAAUUUAGGGCGAGAUGAGAAUAUUGCAACAUUUUUGCCAUAAGAUUUAGAGUGACUACUUUUAGAUUAUUUACAUUUAAGGCUUGUAGCCUUGCAUUGCUGUCCAAAGUUUUACAGCAUUCGAAUCAUAAUACGGAAGCGGAUGAACUUUUCCAUUCUAAUUGGAAGUAACAAUGCUGGGGUCUUAUUCCUGCCCAUGCACAGGAGAGUUUUUAUGCCACCCAUUGUGACACUAAUUAAGUGCAUGUUGCUCAGGGCUUGGUGGUUCUUUUUCACCCUUAAACACAUUAUUUAUUCUAUAGUAAUACCUGGUUCAUACUUGACAAGUAGUUACAUUGCUUUUAGUUAUCACAGACCUUGUCUAGUUUAUCAAUUUAAAUGUGGGUGCAAGUGUGAAGCAACCACGAACGCCUAUUCAUGGACAUUUUCCCCUUCAAGGAGCUAUUUCAUUAAGUCUGGCCACCCUAAAUACAUACCUUUCUGUCAUCUUCCUCCCUCCCUCCCUCCCCCAAGUCAAAAGACCCUUCAAGAGUAAUUCAGCAACUUUCCUCUUGUGAAACCUGCUUGGAAGAACUGAAUAAUCCCAUGGUCCGGUUCAUCCAGGCUUUAAAGGUCCAGACCUGCCAUAUUAUGAGUAGAAUCUCUACUCUGCCCUUAGUUUGCAAUCAAUACUGGAACCCUUUGGUUAAUGUUUCUAGGCCCUGCUGUUUUGGGGAGUAGUCCUAAGUUUUUGAGAGACCUUACGCUCUUUCUGUUGACAAAGCAAAGAUAUGGCUUAUUGUGUCCUUACGAACUAGGAGGGCAUUGAGAUGUCUCCUCUGGGAGAUAGAAGUUAUUAUUUUAGUGGAUCACACAGUCUGUGUUGGUUUGCAUCACCCCUGGUUGUAUAGCUGAUCACACAGGACACCUCCCUCUGCACCCCUGGUUGUAUAGGGAAGUUUAAUAAUUUUACAUCCUCCUUUUGGAAAACAAGAUUACUCUGGUGAAUGAUCUUACUGCUGGUAUUCAUAUUCUGUCUUUUUGCUUUCCAGGAAUUCCAUACAAGCAGUUAACUGUAGGAGUCCCCAAGGAGAUUUUCCAGAAUGAGAAACGAGUGGCACUGUCACCUGCUGGAGUACAGGCUCUGGUUAAGCAGGGGUUCAAUGUGGUGGUAGAAGCAGGAGCUGGUGACGCAUCAAAAUUUUCAGAUGACCAAUACAGAGAGGCAGGAGCCACUAUUAAAGGGACCAAUGAAGUAUUUUCUUCAGAUCUGGUCCUGAAGGUAAAUAAUUUGUUUGAUGCCAAUCCAUAUGCAUUUAGUGAUAUUGUGUGAUGAUAUGGCCCAUAAAAUGAAAAAUAAGUGCUGUGUAAACCAAAGGAAUGUUUCUACUUUUUGAAUGUUCUAAUAUAGACUCCAUACGUGUAUAUUUGAGCUGCUUUUUUUUAAAAUUUAUUAAUUUUUUUUAAUCUUAGGUAAGGGCACCAAUAUUAAAUCCUUUGUUGGGAACCCAUGAAGUGGACCUCUUCAAACCAUCUUCAACGUUAAUCAGUUUUGUAUAUCCAGCUCAAAAUCCUGACCUGCUGAACAAACUCGCUGAGAAAAAAACCACUGUGUUGGCCAUGGACCAGGUGCCACGUGUUACAAUUGCUCAGGGAUAUGAUGCUCUCAGCUCCAUGGCUAACAUUGCUGGGUAAAUUCCAAUAUGUUACCUUUAUGCUGUGCUGGGGAAAUCACCAGUUGAUGUGUAGAUUAAAUGUUCUACUUACCUAAAGUUUGUUCUGGGUUAUAUUUACUUGACAGAUACAGCUUCCUAUCAAGUAAAUCUCAAAUCUCAAAUAUUUCACUAUUUACCUGCUCACCAGAGAAGAUCCAAACAUAUGCUGUGAUUGACUAACAUUAGAAACAUUCUGUGUUCUCUUUAUAUAGUUAUAUUGUCUACCCAACUGCAAUUUAAAUUAGUAUUUGGUAAAUAACCUGUUUCCAGUUGUUAGUGUGUGUGUAUGUGUGUGUAUAUGUGUGUAUAUAUAUAUAUAUAUAUAUAUAUAUAUAUAUAUAUAUAUAUAUAUAUAUAUAUAUAUGUGUAUAUAUAUAUAUAUAUAUAUAUAUGUGUAUAUAUAUAUAUAUACUGACAUGCAUUAUUUUAUUACAUCCUUUAAUUAUUAGAACAUUUAAAUUGUCUUGAUGUUUAAGAAAUGAUUGUGAUCUUUUAUGUCCAUAUACUGCUACACCUCAUUUUCAUCUGAUUAAUUAAUUUGUAUAUCUGGAAAGACAAAUGUUUCUAUGCGUCAAACACCAUACUGUGAAGAUUAUGCAUAAAGAGCAAUUCUGAUGCAUUUUUUUUAAAGGUGAAGCCAUCGCCAAGGAAUAUUCUAAAGGUUUUCAUGAUUUCUUCGCUUUAUGAAAUUCACCCCAGAUUUGUUGUAAAGUGGCAGUUUGCUUGGAGAUUUGGGCUAUUUUCACAAUCCCUCUUCCUUGACUUGGCUUUAUUGAACAGGAAUGGAACCAGACAACGAUUGUUCAGUCUCCUUUACCCAUUAUCUUUGCAAUACUCUAUGAGCUGGUAUUCAGACUUGUAAAAACUCAUUACUGCUGGCUCGUAUUUUCAUUGCUCGUUCCUUUAUGCCAGAUUGUAGAUAUUAUUCUCAGAAUUUUCAUUAAAUUUGGACUUUGGCAUUCAUUUGGCAUGCAUCUGUUUCCUGUAUUCCAGCUACAAAGCAGUUGUUUUGGCAGCUAAUAACUUUGGGCGGUUUUUCACUGGACAGAUCACCGCAGCCGGCAAGGUCCCACCAGCCAAGGUAAAAGGGUCAGAAUACAGAUUUUAUUUCUGCAGGUGACCGUUUGUAAUGCAACAACCUGGUUUUAAUGCUUGAGAACUAUUUAGACAACAGAAAUUGUAUUGUCAUUUAUAUUUUUGUUUAUAUGUCUGUAGUAUAUUUUAUUUUGAACUCUGUGCACUGAAGGUUUCAGUAAGUUAUGGCAGAAAGGGACACCUAUUACUCUUGGAUACAUUCCAGCGCUAUGAAAUUUGCUGGCGCUAUAUAAAUUAUAAAAUAAUAACAAUUUACCUGCAAAGGACAUUUAAAUGGACACUCUAAACCCCCUAUAGCACUUCAGCAAGCUAGAGUAUAUUGGGCUUUAGUGUUCCUUUUACAGAAGCUUAAACAAAGUAUCCCCUCUUGCUCCAAUGCGGGAGGGUACUUUCUUGAUUAUUUUGUGCGCUUGAUGAAAAAUGUUGUUGUGCAGUGUGGCCUUUGCUGCACCUGCGCCAUGUCUCCCAAUGCAGUCUGACUGCCUGGAGAUCAUCCUUGCUGGUGAUAUCACAGGAAGCUGAGCAGAGCUACAGGGAGGGAAUGUCUUAAAGUUAAAGGGGCUCUUUAGGCACCCAGACCACUUUAUCUCAUUGAAACGCUCUGCAAUUUAAAGUGUUACAGUUUCAGAUAAACUGCAAUGUUUACAUUGCAAUACUAAGACUUCCUGCUGUUUCACAGAGUUUGUCUGUGAAACUAUGCUGGACGUCCUCACGAUGUGCAUGAGGACAUCAAGAAUCUUCAAAUCCCACUAUGGGGAAGGCAUAAUGAGAACCCGCUGCACAUGCGAAUUAGGUUCCUCCUAUUAAUAAUAUUGGUGGAGAUGGAGCCAGUGCUGGUAGGACCUAAUGUGCAUGCGUAGCGGGUUCUCAUUAGUUAACCUAAUUUGGCACUGUAAUCUGGUUAGUGUUUUAAAGGGUUUUAACCCAUUAACUGAAGGGAAUGGGCUGAGGGGGAAGGGGGUCAGGGGGACACUCUAAUGUUAGAAAUACAGCUUGGUAUUCCUAAAACGGUCAUGUUCAUUUAACCCUUUAUUUUACAGGUUUUGGAAGGAUAAAGGGUGUCCAGGAGACUAGGCAAAUACAACAGCAGUAUAAAUAAAUAGGAAGCUACUCCUAUUUUUCAUUUUAUUUUUAUAUAGAUAAAACAUUCACAAUCUGCAGAAAAACUAGAUUGCAAUAAAAAAAAGAAAAUUAUCUUCAAUUUCUGAUCUUUAAGUGCUAUCUGUAUAAAAUCAAGCACCCAGUAGAUCUAUUGGUUUGCCCAGUUUUGCAGAUACCGCUAUAAUGUGUAUGGAGCUCAUGACUGCUACGUUCACUGCAGCCUCUGUGAAGAGGCAAUAGCACAUACGGUAAUUAAUGCAGCAGAUGCAGAGGGAGGUGUCCUGUGUGAUCAGCUAACAGUCAGAAAUAGAAAAUCUGUGUAACAUGAGAAGGACCCUUAGAAUGGUUACUGGUACGAAUGAAGCAAACGUUAGUUGUAUAGUCCUAAUGGCUCUUUUACAUUUUAUGUCGAUGUAUGCUUUACACAUAACUCGGCCAGUAAUUAAAUGUAAUCAGAAUGUACUUACAAAAUGCACCCAAUACUGGACUACAUACUACUUUUAUAAGCAUUUUGAAUAUAUCCAGCAGGUGGCAGUGUUGCACUUAGAAAUUAGGCUUUGGGCUCAAUUUAACUUAAAUGGUCUUGUUGCUUAUGGGGUCUCUACCACUAUUCAAUGCCGUCAAUGUUUUCACUACCAUACCAUGAAGAAAUAUUUAUUUCUAUUUAUGAAACUAGUCAUUUGAAUUUUGUUGUAGACAUGAUACAUGCAGGCAUACCAUGUUGGCAAGAUAUUGCUUUUACAGGUACAGUCCUCCCCUUCCAUCCCACUCCUUAUAUACAUGGCUUCACAGUUUCUGUGUUUCUGCAUUUAAUUCUCUUGUUUACACCUGAUAUACUGUUGCUCAGUAGUGCGCACCUGUCUUGCAUUUUCAUAUUUGAAUUAGGAAAGGAAAUUCCUGUAGAUUCAUUUUUGGCAAUUUAAUAUAUAAACAUCCCAUUUACUUGUCUGGAAAAUAGCUUUCUGGCAUUUGUGUGUACAUUUAUAACUUCACAGUCUUUUAACCCCUAGCAUGCUGUUAUGAUUAAAUGCAUAGGGGUCAUUAUUAAGUUCAGUUAAUUUUUGGUUCAUGGUAAAUGGCUUAUCUAUCGAGAUGGGAGAUAGAGGGACCUUUGAAGCUUGCAAACCAUUUGUUGGUAGGAUAGUGUAAAUUAUCAGCCGCUGCUCAUUGAUUUCCUUGGAGCGGUUUUCAGAUGCCGUGCAGGACUGCAUUCUAGCUACAUUUGACAAGGCUUUACAUGGAGGUUUCCCAGCACUUGUAUCUAAAACUUAUUUUGUCACUCUGUAGGUUCUCAUCAUCGGUGGUGGCGUUGCUGGUCUGGCUGCAGCGGGAGCUGCUAAGUCCAUGGGGGCAAUUGUCCGCGGGUUUGACACAAGGUGGGUAACCAAGGUUACAAACCUAGGUAACUGUUGUAUAUAGUCUAUUUAAUCUUUGUGUUGGCAGCUUCUCAAAAACCGGAUUGUAAGGUUCAUAUAUAGACUAUUUAUCCUGCUCCACGUUCUUUUUGUCAAUAAGCCAAAUUAUUAUGGCAGAAUGUACUGUUAUUUCUUAUUCCUUGGCAUUCUCUUGGAAUUUGUGUAAAUGUAAAGAAUAUUGCACAUUUUUAAAGUGUUAAUGUUUCGUUGGAUACUUCAGUGGGUUACAAGUUUUAUUCAAAUGUUUUAAAUUGCACAAAUUCUCUAUUUUGCUUUUUGUGGCUUAUCUUUUUUUUUUUCUUAAAAAAACAAACAAAAACAAACCCAACAGAGUUAACCCUUUUCAGAUACAAAAAAUGGUUAAUGUGUUGAAUUCCAACUGAGAUAGUAUUGUAGUUGUAUGGAUUACUGUAAUAUGUACACUCCACUUUACUAGCGGUAACUGAACACACAGAAUGACAGACAAGGAAAUAAUUAAACGUUAUGGUUCACCAAUAUCUCCCUAGGGCCGUUAUCCAUUAUCCUGUAAUUUAGAGCAGAGUUCUAAAGCAAACCACCUAUUAAUAAGUCCCUGUGCAAAUUAAGACCAUUAUUUUUUUUCCGCAAACCUAAAGUGGUUUGUGGUCUUUAAAGGUCAUGUAUGCAUCUGCCCUUUUGCUCUUGAAGACAUUUUGUGGUGCGUUUGUCUAGAAAACCAUUAAACAUUGUGUUUUGGUUAAAAUUUAGGGCUGCAGCUUUGGAGCAGUUUAAGUCCAUUGGAGCUGAACCCCUGGAGGUGAAUCUGACAGAAUCUGGAGAAGGCCAGGGGGGUUAUGCAAAAGAAAUGUCAAAAGAGUUUAUUGAAGCAGAGAUGGCACUCUUUGCCAAGCAGUGUCAAGAGGUGGACAUCAUUAUUACUACAGCUCUAAUACCUGGUAUGAAGUCUAAAUUGUUACUCCUUUCAGUGAAAAAUUAAGAUUCUCUAAAUACUCUGUUUUUCAGCUAGGCUUUCUCUCUACUGCCCUCCACUGUUCUACAGCUAGGCUGUCAUUCUAGCGCCCUCCACUGUUCUACAGCUAGGCUGUCUCUCUAGCGCCCUCCACUGUUCUACAGCUAGGCUGUCUCUCUCGCGCCCUCCACUGUUCUACAGCUAGGCUGUCUCUCUAGCAGCCUCCACUGUUCUACAGCUAGGCUGUCUCUCUAGCACCCUCCACUGUUCUACAGCUAGGCUGUCUCUCUAGCGCCCUCCACUGUUCUACAGCUAGGCUGUCUCUCUAGCGCCUUCCACUGUUCUACAGCAAGGCUGUUUCUCUACUGCCCUCCACUGUUCUAUAGCUAGGCUCUCUUUAGCGCCCUCCACUGUACUGCAGCUAGGCUGUCUCUCUAUCGCCCACCACUGUUCUACAGCUAGGCUGUCUCUCUAGCGCCCUCCAUUGUUCUACAGCUAGGCUGUCUCUCUAGCGCCCUCCAUUGUUCUACAGCUAGGCUGUCUCUCUAGCACUCUCCAUUGUUCUACAGCUAGGCUAUCUGUCUAGCGCUCUCCAAUGUUUCAGUUAGGUUGUCUCCCAAUUUGUUAUAGUUUCUGCUGUCUCCUGCCUGCAUGUCCCCUAUUUCUCCAUCUUUAGUAGAGCAACCUACUGGCUGAUAUUUAGGAAGAAAUAAUCAUGACUUUUGCUUCUGAAGAUUUCUACGUUAAUAGGUUCAUAAGCUAUUUGAACCAUAAUUAAAUAACACAUGGGCUGCAGAGCCAUUGAGCAAUGUUUUUCCAACUACAAUAAAUCACAACAGAGGAAUGGAUGUUUGGUGUUAAAUGUCAUGAUCUGAAUGACCUACCCUUGUGUUUUUAAUUUCUAUAUCUUGUUUAUAGGCAAAAAGGCCCCCAUUUUGUUUCGUAAAGACAUGAUUGACUUAAUGAAGGAAGGUUCAGUGGUGGUAGAUCUGGCUUCUGAGGCUGGUGGAAACAUUGAGACAACAAAACCGGGAGAACUGUAUGUUUACAAGGUAACACUAAAACUAUGUAGUAUUUUCAGUUUUUCAAUAAAACUUUCAUCAGGACAAGACUUGUCUGGAUGAAAGUUUUGUUGAAAAAUGGAAACUUCAAUAUUUUUAUUGCUGCAAGCUGAAUAAUUUUUUUUUUUUAUCCCCAAAAAGUCAUUUUUUUUUUAUUUUUUUUUUAUGAUUUGUGUAUAUAUAUCUUUUUUUAUGUGACGCCUUAAUAAGGGAUAUGAAUAUUUUCUAAUUUCUGUCCUUUUCUAAAUCAGGGGAUAACCCAUGUUGGCUACACAGAUUUGCCCAGCAGAAUGGCAACACAGGCAAGCACACUCUACUCCAACAACAUCAUCAAGCUUCUGAAAGCCAUCAGCCCUGACAAGGACUACUUCUACUAUUCACUAAAGGAUGAGUUUGACUAUGGUACAAUGGACCAUGUAGUAAGAGGAACAACAGUUAUGAAGGUGAGUGUUUGUUUGAAGAUGUAUAGACAGUGGAGUAAACUGAAGUGUUUACAAAAUAUCCAUAUCCUUCUUUUCUACAACAACCUGUCAUAUGCCAUACCCAUUGAGGUGUUUGAGUACUGGGAAGUGGGCCGUGUGGCAUGUCAUGGAAGCCUCUAUGUCCAUGUUGCAUAAGGAAACAUUACUGUAAAGAACCAUUUGGAAGAUAUUUAAACUAUCGCUCAACUGUACAAGUGGGGAAAAUGGAACCAAUGUGGGGUUGAAAGGGGCCGGUAGGAGAUAAGUAGAGCAUUAAAGAUACCUUUGUGUGGAAUAUAGAACAUUUUUCUUAAUGGAACAUCAAAUUCUACACAGUUCUUAUUUCUUUGUGAUGAAUUCAUUCUGGUCAGCACACGCAAUGAAAUUAGGCACUGACUGAUUGAAAGCCCUUGUUGCCAUAUCAACAGAAUAUUAGAAGUUGGUGUUUCUGUGUUAUUCAUGGAAAGAAUAACUUUUCAGAUCUGCUCCAUUUCCCUUCAUGUAAUUAUAAAUGAGAACUUUUUCCACCCUUUUAAUGAACUUCUACAAUUAGGUGGUAAGUUUCCUUUACGUUAACCUAAGUCCGGACACUCUAACAAACUUUGUACAAACAAAUCCAUUCAUUUCUUGUUCUACGUCUCUGUUGGUUCUUAUUUGUUCUAGAAUUUAUUUUGUAUCACUAUAUUUGUUAAUUUGUUAUGACUUUUGCCUUUUCAUAUAGUACAGGAAGAUUAAUGUUGGCACAUGCUGUGCUUUUUAAAUGAAGCUUCAUCUGCAGUUAAUUUUGCUUGAACUAGUUCCUUCUUGUGAAGUACAGCCAUAGCCUCUUUCCAGCAGUGAAUAAUUGUUAAUAUUAUGUUAAAAUACCUAAAAAUCUAAUAAAUAUUUUGGAAUAUUUUCUUUGUAGACACUCUGCACCACAUCAGUCUAAUUAUUUGCUGCUUUUUCUUGGCAUGUCCCAGAGUAGCAAGGCUGAUGUGAAGCCUAGACCAGAAUCCUUUGCUUCAUAUCCUGUCUCAGUUAUGACUAACUUUGGCACUCCAGGUGUUUGAACAUUUUUUUGUAAUGCUCACCACCCUAACCGCUUGCUGAGCAUUAUGGGUAAUUCACAAACAUCUGGAUUAGCAUGUUGAAGGAACACUCCCACCUCCUUGACAACUUCAGCUCACUAAAGCGAGCAGGAGUGUCAGGGUGAAGUUAACCUUCAGAGGUAAAACUGUUGAUUUGAAGUUGCUGCUACUGCACCGACACUGCUUUCUUUUGUCUUAUGUGCUGUUUCUCUAAAUGGGUGGCCAUUCAUAGUUGACACUGUCACAGGUUAUUACUGGUUGCCUAGCAAACCGCGUCAGAGAGGAAGGAAGCUCUCGGGUGUAGUGGUGUUGAACUGUGGAGGAUCAAUUUCUCAAUGAAACCAUCAGAUUGUUAAACCACUGAAUGUAACAUGGUGCCUGGUCACUCCUCCCCCAUUACUACUUCAAUCAUUUGAAAUUGUGAUAGGGGUAGGAGUCACUUUAUUUAAAAAAAAAAAAAAUUUAAACUUAAGGAGGAACUUUAACAUUUUAAGAGUUGAAAACACACAUACCUUUUGCUUCAUAUGAGGAUUCAGGGUGGCAAAGCCAACCCAUGAUGCCACUGGUGUGCUUAUGUACACAUGAGCAUAUGUGGAGAAAUUCUGUACUAGCACAUAAGCAAUCUAUAGUUUCAACAUCAUAUAAAUGCAUGCACAUUGCGUAUAGCAAUGGCUAACCAAUAUGCAUGUUGUUCCAGGCAAAUAAUGUAAAUUUCAUUUACAAUAAAAAGAUACAUUAUACUAACAAAAAAUAUGUCUCUAGAGAUUUUUAAAAAACAUUUUAACCCAACCGGUAACAAAGUUUUAGUUUAAGAUUUUGACAAAACCUUAAAAGUACCAUACAAUCACCAUGUCUCCUUGUUGAUCUGUAAAUACAUGCCAAUAGGCACUUUGACAUAGACUUUGAAAAAUAGCAUUUUGAUAGCAAAAGAAAAUCCACUUUCAAAUUUUACUUUAGAUUGCAAGCUUAUGAGCAGUUUUUCUUCUAUUUUCAGUUUUAUCCCCUGUAUAAAACUGCAAACCGAUGUGCAUUAUUUUGAUCCUAUAUAAAUGCUAGCAAUAUAAAAAAAAAAAAAAAAUAAGAAUUAAAAAAAAUCUUGCAAGUGCUAACUUUAAAAUAAAAUUGAAAACAAUGCUCCAUUUGGUUCAGUCUGUUUCUAAUUUGUGAUUUAAAUUAGCGGGGAAAAAAUAUAGUUCUAUUCACACUUUAUUUCAAAUACAUUUUUGUUUUCUAAUGCUGUUUGCUCAUUCACUUUUUUUUUAAAAAGCUUUUUAUUAAAUUUUUUUUUUUUUUGCUAUUUGCAUUCAUUUGUGUAUUCAGAUUAAUUUAAUGCUCAGUGUUGUACAUUUAAAAAAAAAAAAAAAAAAAAAAGUUCCCCUAAAACCAGAAAAUGCUUAAAUCAUUUACCUUUUCGUUUAACAUUCAUUCAUGGCAACAAUAUAUUUGUUCUCUAAAUAAGUAUAACCUUACAUCUUUGUGGUUCUCUAGGAUGGAAAAGUUAUAUUCCCAGCACCAUCUCCUAAGAAACUCCCAGAAGCAGCCCCCGUGAAACACAAAAGUGUGGCUGAAUUAGAAGCAGAAAGGAUUGCAGCCAUAUCUCCUUUCAGAAAGACCAUGAACAAUGCCACUGCUUACACCGCCGGUAAGCCACCUGCUCCUUCACACCAUUUCUUUUUUUAGUGACCAAUUAAAAUUGAGUACAUAUUGUUUACAAGUCUUGUACCCCAGGUGACUUUUUACUAAUAUUUCUGUUAGCAUAUGCACAUGGGAUCUUUAAAAUACGCAAAGGUAUUGUACAUUCUAAAAAUGAUUAGUAACUUUUAUAAUUUAUUUUUUUUACCGUAUAUUUUAUUGUAUUUUAUGUCUUCUUUUAAUUAAAAAUGGGUCUCAUGUCUUUAAUGUAAUAACGUUUGCAAAUGUUGCGGGUCAAGGCACAUGAAAAUCAUAUAUUGGUUGUGUCUCCCUUAGGUCUGACCACUCUCCUAGGUCUUGGCAUUGCCGCCCCCCAUUCUGCUUUUACCCAGAUGGUGACAACCUUUGGUUUGGCUGGAAUUGUGGGUUACCAUACAGUUUGGGGUGUUACACCUGCCCUGCAUUCCCCACUUAUGUCUGUGACCAAUGCCAUUUCAGGUGAGUUUUCUUUAUUCUCCAUGUUAUCUCAUAUAUAUCAAUAUUUUGAAUCUAUUAUUGCGGGAUUGUGGGAAAUCGCUGUACUUUACUGAUGCUAAAAGGCACCUGUCAUAAAAAAAGAACAGUGACAUUUUAUAAACCAUAAAACUUAAUCUAUACUUCAUUCCAGGCAUGCUGCAAAGAAACGUUCAAUACUUAAUGAAAAUGUUAUUACAAAUGCCAUAAUUCUAGAGUUAAACCUGUGUGUAUAUAUCCACAAUGUGUCAUAUAUACAUAAUUGUGUUCGGGGCAUUCUCAUAUGAUAUAGAAUGAGUUGUAGAGAUGUAGCUUUAGGAAUAAUCGGUUGAGGUGUGCCGAAACCGCCGUAUGCUGUAGGCCGGUAAAAAGUGGGCAAAAAGAGCCAUAUUAAUGCAAAACAUUAUACAGGAUCAUAGUGCAUUUGUUAACCAUCAGGUAGACCUUUUAAUGAAAGAUUCCCAAUUCCUGAAUCGGCUGUGGUAUGUAAGUCGCAUAAGCCUAUAAUUCCCAGCGGCCCCGUGUCUUAACGUGUGCGGGGAUGUCUUGGCUAUAGGCCGUGGAGGCUGCUCCUAUCCUAAAGGAGUGCCCUGAGUAGUCGCUAGAGUUUAGUUCGAGCCCGGUGAAUGAGUAGGUGGACAUAGUGCAUGAACUUACCUGUGGUAAGGACAGUAUCGUACAGCGACAGUAAUGGUUAAAUGAUUGAUCUCCAUACCAUUCACUGCCAUCCCAGAACUUGGGCUCGGAUAAGACAAUUCCAUUGUUUCUAAACAGAUUCAUUAAAAGCAUUUUAUUGCUGAAUGUAGCACGGCUUUGUAAUAUAUCACACUGUGAUUAUUAAACCACCCGUUGAGAAACAAGAGUACGUGAAACAGAGCUUUCUCAUAAAGCUCUGUUAGAGACAGUACAAACCCACCCCUAAUAUAGAAAUCCUUUUUGAUGUAAUAAAAAGAAAAUGUAUUUCUCUAGCAUGCCAGUUUAAUUUUUAUUUUUUUUAUUUUUUUUAAGCAUUAGGUGGUCAACUUUCGGUCAGGAAUAAGUGAACACGUUUGAACUAGGCAGAGAAUGCAUAUAGCCAAAAUAUUCAACUCAACUAUUAUAGUCUAAGAUUUACAAUUUUAAAUUUUUAAAGAUUCCUAGUAUUGUUAUGACCCAAUAUAUAUAAAAGCAAAAACAUACAAAAAUGUUUUUGUUUAAGUCUGAAUUGAUAAAUAGCCCUGAUUGUAACUCCGACAUAAUCUAAUGAAAGGUCGAGUUGUGAAGGCGUGUGUGUACAUUUAUUUUUAUAAUUUGACAAUUUUUUUUGUUGGUUUUCAAAUGUUAACUUUUUAUGUUUUCUGUUUUUAAUUUACAUUACGUGUCUGGCCAGAGCAUACCAGGGAAGCUAAUUUAACAUCCAGGGGGCUGUAAGGAAAGGCACUUGACUGCUUACGGCACUAUUAAAGGAUUUGUUGAGCACACAUGCCCCCAGUGUGUUUGGGAUAUGUCAUUUCUCUGAUGUGCAAAUAUCACCUGGCUAUGAUGUGACAUCAACCUGCACACAUGCUACAGAGAGAUGUGUUUUAAUGAGAAACUGUCACUUCAACUUUAAUGCAAUGUUAUGGUAAUGUUAUUUUUAAAAACAAAUUUGUAACCUGCAUUUUCUGGUCAUUUUGUGUAGGUCUGACAGCAGUGGGAGGACUUGCGCUCAUGGGGGGUAGUUAUCUCCCCACUAACACACAUGAACUCCUCGCAGUGCUCGCUGCAUUUGUGUCUUCCAUUAACAUUGCAGGUAAUGUAGAUCUUUUUAAUGUACCAAAAGAUGACUUAUUUUCAAACAGUUUUUUUUUAGCAACCAUUGUUCUAAAGGCUGUACGUCACAUACUCGUGAUGUACAGCCUUUAGAACAAGUUUUAUUUCUAUUGAAGCAAGCAGUGGCAAACAGCUGAUUAUCUGUUUUGUGUAGUUUACAGAACUUGACCUGUAUGUAUCAACCAAAGAGAGAACUUUUUUGGCUGAACCCAUUUUACCUUCUUCAAGAUAAAAGCUUUAAUGUACCUGGAGAAGGCCAACCCUCUGAUGUUUAGAGGGAUUUGAUGUUCUGAGUAAUCUUCAGAGUGACACAAAUCUACAGUAUAUAACAUUUAUCAUUGAUUUGAGUCCUGCUCUUAAAUCGAGGAGCCUAGGGAGAGAAGGGGGGCUAUUGAGAUGCAUCUUCAGUUCUUCUGGAAUGUAGGAUGUUCCUCAUUUUUGAUGAUAUGGGUAAAAACAUUCCAGAGCUGUGCUAUCAAUGCUAAGGGAGCUCAAUAGUUUCUUCAGUUAUCUUAAAUUCAUUCACUUAGAUGCAUACUGUUGUUGAGGACCUGUGGUGUUUAGAGUGUUGGUCACCUUUUUUAGGGUCAACAUGUCAAAACAGUGUCUAUAACAAAGGAAGUGCUCACUUCCUUCCUGAACAGUUUAAAAUAAUAAAUAGAAUUGACUGCCUUGAUAAAUUGGUGUAUCACUUUUGAUUGCCUAUUUUAAAUACAUUUAACAGGAACAUAUUUGUUCAAAGAUGGCACAUCAUGUUGAUGUAAGCUGUUGUGCAUGAUUUACUUUUCUGACUUUAGUUAUGUGGUAUGUGUACGAUUGUCGAACUAUGGCUGUUGGCUGCCUGAGACUGGUGGGGAUUGUAGUCUGUCAGUAGAAAGAAGGCUCCAGAUUGACACCCUAUAUUGGACCACACCAGCAUCAUUGGGGGUAUGCUUCAGUUGCAGGAUUAGCAAUAAAAAAUGUGAUUUAGUUGGCACGAGUGUGCAGAUUCCUCAAUAAUCAAUUCAGCAUGAAAAUUAUAUGGAGCUAAUUGAGCCAAAGUUUUUGCCUGCCAAGAUAUUGCUUUCCCUUACUCACUGUCUUUGUGUAAGUAAUUCUUUAAAUGGUUGUCACAAAGCGAGCCAAGCUGAUAUAGCCUGUAAAUCUAAAGCAGAAGUGUGUAAUAACCAAGACCCUGGCUGGAUUACUGCUUUUAGCAAUACAUCGCUGUAGAUAAAACAGACUUAACUAUAAGCCAAGGACUUGUAAGCUGAUUUAGCAGGAUCAAAGUAAAUAUGCCAGUGUUGUUAUGCCACUGUAAUAAAGUGCAAAGUUGUUCAAAACACAGAAAAUUCAAUAUUUUGCGACUAGUGAGUUAGCAAGGUCAUUUUCUAAUAUUUAGAGAAGGUUUUAUGUGUGUGCAUAGUUGUGUAUACAUUAUUACACACACUUAAUGGUCACUAUAUUCAUUACACCUUGCUAAUACCGGAGAAGAACCCAGUUGACCUCCGUGAUAGCUGGCCUUCUUUGUUUUCAACAAGAGGCUCUACUUUUUCCUUUUGUAUUUGAUCUUUGCUGAUUCAAUAGUAUUCCAUAGUUUCAGCAGAUAAUUCAAGGAGAGAGUGUGAACCUCCUACUGCACUUGAUCUUUAAUAGUGGCUACCAUACAUGCCUCUGGGGGAAACCUCUACGUUGGAGUUAUGUUUGUAAAGCCAGCAUGUUUGGAUACCUCCUUGAAGGCAUUGUGCAUUUUCACACCUUGAGGAUUCAUUUGAAAAUGGCUUGGUGUGGCUGUCAAGGGAUGCACAUGAUUAGCUGUGACAUUAAAAAGAUGUCUUGUUAACACUGUCGAGGAUAAACCCAUUCAAUGUAAAACCAAAUUAUGCACUGUACACAUUUUUAUAAUAAUUUUGUCAUGGUUUGCAGUCUCCUCUUCCUGGUUUUAGCUGAGCGUAAGGAAAGCACUAUGAUGCCCCUAUACAUAUACUAUGCUGGGAAUUUCAAUUAAUUACCAGGUGAAGUUAAUUCCAAGUUCUAGGCCAAGCUGAGUUAUCCUGACAAUGUCCAGUUCACUGUCCUCUGCUUGUUUUAACAUUUGCAGCCAUGCUGCUGCUUUGGACAGUUUGCUCAGAUCUCUUACUGUUGCACUUUUUAUUAUAAGAAACAUAAAGGUGUUUUGAACCUGGUUUGUUCUUUGUAGCGAUGUCACAAAUAAACAGUGAUUUAGUGAUAAACCGUUUUCGAGCAGUUGAACACUAAAGAAGAGUCCCUGGCCACCCAAGCCCUGCCCCUACUGGAGGUAUGGCUAAUUCAGAGAUUGCACACUUCCUUAUAGACUUACCAAUCCAUUCCUGUAAUAGGUGGAGUGAAAGAGAUCAGUUGACACUGACAGCCAAUCAUAGCCAGUCAUUGCUGCUCAACCUUGUGCUCCCUUAUUACCCCAGUAGCUCAGAUGGGAUUGGCUCUUGGGUGGUCUCAUUAAGCAUUAAAGCUGAAUGGAAGAACAGUAUCAGGAGACUCCAGAUGGUAUCACCACUUCCAAGAGAUGAAGUGGUUACAUUGCCUAAAGUGUCCCUUUAAUUAUCUUGUAAUCCAAGAAGUCCAAAUGAGAUGGAUUCAUAUUCUGUGCAUUAUUAUUAUUGUUCUAUAGGAGGUUUCCUGGUUACACAGAGAAUGCUCGACAUGUUCAAGCGUCCAACUGACCCUCCCGAGUAUAACUACUUGUACCUUCUUCCUGGGGGUGUCUUUGUUGGAGGAUAUGCUGCUGCCCUUCAUAGCGGUUAUAACAUUGAGCAGGUAAGUAGAACCUUAGCAUUGAGCACUGGCUUCUAUCUAUGAGAAUUAUUUUUUUUUCCACCUCCAUUCAGUAUCUGCUUUGGCUGCUAAUAUUUCAUUCCAAAUAAAGGUUGUUUGUGAGUACUCUUCUUUGUAUGUGGUUUGAAACCUUGACAUUACCGUAAUUUAUCGUUUCACUGUGAUCAAAAAUACUUUAUACUUAAUAAAGAGAGGAACUCCUGUAAACUUGUCACUAACAAAUUAAAAUAUACUGCAAUACUUAAUUAUUUUGCCCUUACAAAUAUAAGAAAGACUGAAUAAUGUGCAGAAAAUCUAAUAGAUGUCAUAUUGUUGCGAUUAAAGUACAAAUUGUACUGAUUGUUUCAAAUGCCAUCAGGUUUCCUGCCAAUGUCCACAAGUAAUAUAUUUUAGCUUCCUUGUCACAAGAACUGAUUUCACUGUUGUGGAGUACUUGCUACUUUCUGUCGAAGUGAACACUGUAUCAAUUGUUCACUUUUAUAAUUCAUCAGGCAUCAUAUCAGACUCCUUGUCAUACAUUUUUACGUAUUCUGCCAAGGUCCAAGUCGAAAAACAGAUUCAAUGGCUUGUCUUUAGUGUUCAAAAAUUGUCUUUCUUUAUAAUUUACCCCAUUAAAUUCACAAUGAUAACUAUGGAAAAAUAAAUGUACUUUUAAACAAGCUACCUAUCACCCUUCUCCUUUUUUGUUGGCUCACAGUACAGUUUUGCGCAGCUCCUUGCUAUGGAAAAAGCUAUGAGCUGAUCCCUAUUACUGUUAGAUGAAGCCUGGGAGAAAUACCCUGAUCAUCCCUCAAGUAACCAUUACCUUAAUUAUUUCAUAAAGCGAACAUUGUGUAAACUCUGACUAGCAUUAACAUAUCUCUGUAUAGCAGAGAGUGCUAUGAGCUGAUCGCAGCCAAAGUAAUCCUAAGUUAAGCAGUGGCUGCUUCUACGAACUGAUAGAUCUGUAGCACUCUGCUCUAAAGCUAUGUAUUUAGUUCAUUUAAGGACACUAUUGAUGGUAACUUUCUAAUAGCCACAAAGUCAGUUUUAGUUUUAGGCUGAUUGUUAAAGCAGUCACUAAUGUCAAGUCCAUCCUAAUGUCAAAUAAUUCUAAAUUUGUGCUAUGAUGUUAACAGUUUCUCAUCGUGACACAAUUCCAUGGCACCUUGAGCGUUCUUGGGUGCAAGACGUAGGUGCACUGGGAUUUGUGCCAUCAGUAUAAUGUAAUACCAAGUGAAUAUAUUUUACACGACGUUGAAGGAAACCCCAACAUGAGGGGAACAAUGAUUACAAUGGAUUUGCCUAACCUUGGUCCUGAAGGGGUUACAGCCUAAGGAAAGUCUUCAUAACAAUCUGGUCAUUAGAGACCCUACUCUGCCACAAACAUUGUGCUUGUUUAGUAUUCGCAAUGCAUUAGUCAAUAAGGGGUUAAGACCCUCUGAAGCUAAUUUAAUUAAUAGCUUGGAAAAAAACAGAAUUUCAUAAGCAUUAAAGAAUCCAGUCUUGCCAGGACUUUUGCAAUCCCUAAAUGUCUGAAACAAGAUAUUAGGUGAAAUUAAUACAAAAAAAGUGGAUUUCAGGGUCUCAUCUGAGGAUUUGUGUUAGAACAAUACUUAGGAAACCAGCCAGCAUUGCUCCCAAUUAUACUUUUUGUGUUUUCUGCCAAAUCUGUUGAAGGGACCCAGUUUAACAUUUUGAUUGCCAAAGGUAGUUGAGAAAUUAACUAUCAUGGCACAUGUUGCUCAGUCCCCCAUCUUUCCCCAUUUCACUGGUGCACCAUGGGUUAAAUGCUUGACCUUGCUCCUAUAUGUCUGUGUUAAACUAUUAUACACAAUAAGCUUAGUUGUCUGAAAAAGUCAUGUUUAUGUUUAGAUGUUCUAGACUAGAUUAUAUUAUUUAAUAGUAUUACUAUGCUUGUUUAACAUGCUGAUAUAUAAUAGCCUGCCUCGAAUGUGCUGUGAGGCUUAUGUUUGUUUGCUUUUCUCUAACUUAUUUAAAAUCCACAUUUAAAGCACAAUCCCUUUACAUGCUUUUAAAAACACAUUUUUAUAGCCGAUAUCAUAUUUUUACAAGCACCAGUGGACCUGAUCAGUGGCUUGUAGGAAUUAAUUACUAAAUGAGGAAAAGAUGCUAGAUUUAAGUCCAGAAUGCUGAGCUUGCCAAACUACGGUAUUUUUGGCUUGAUUUUGUAGCUUGUUUGUCAACUCUUCAAAAUUUUAAUAUUUAGGUACACUAAACUUACAAAAUAUAUAAAAUACAAUUUAAAAUUGAUAUCAAGUAGUUUGAAUGUACUUUUCUCAACUUUUGACAAUUGUAAGCAGCGAUGGCAGCCUUGGUGCCACAACCACUUUUCCUUUUAUACUGGAUUAGAGUAAUGGGAAAUGUAGUUUAAAACCUCUGCUCAAUCACUACUCAAAACACUACAGAAUUUCCUACAGGUAAAUGUGGGAAUUGGAAAUGUAAUGUUUGAGUUUCUUAGUUUAGUUUAAAUAUUAAUGUUUAUUCCGUUUUGUGUUUGAUAUGUAUGCUAUGCCGACAAAUUUUAGCACACGUUUCCUCAAAAAGAAAAAUGGAGUUCUGUCCCAGAAUAUACGCUGGUUAACCACAUACAAUGUGUACUUGUCUUAGUGAUAAUUCAAAUAGAGCUUUUAAUAAUAUAAACUACAAAAAUGUAUUGAUAUUUACCAACGGAUUUCAUGGUGUAGCUUGUAAAUAAUGUGUAUAUAUGUUGUUCAUUACAAGAUCUGUUUAAGUCCGAAUGCCAUAAUACUGGUUCAUUGAUGACUUUUUAUUUAUUUUUUCAGAUGAUAUACCUGGGUUCUGGCCUUUGUUGUGUUGGCGCCCUUGCUGGUCUCUCCACUCAACGAACUGCACGUCUUGGUAACUCCCUGGGUAUGAUGGGAGUCGCUGGAGGUAUUGUUGCCACCCUGGGUGCCCUUAAACCUAGCCCAGAACUGCUUGCACAGAUGUCUGGAGCAUUGGCACUUGGUGGCACUAUAGGUAAGUGUAUUACAACUAUGAAAGCUUAACAAUCACUGUGUAUGUAUAUGUUAUCAAACCUGGCAUUGUCUGUUCUGUCUGGAUUACUGCUUUGAUGUGAGGAGGAGUUAUUUUAGGAGGAACAUACUCUUUGAUGCGAUUGCAUCACGCCUGCCUUGCUCUAAGGCAUGUUGCUGACUUGUGGCUAGGUAGAGCGUUGGAAUUUCAUGCUAUAGAUGGUAUGAUCACUGUACAAGUCUUUUAUCUGGAAACCGCUAAUAAUCAAGAAUGCUGAUAAUUGUCUGUCAGUCUGGUUGUACUCCGCUCCUCAUAUGUCAAAGAAUGUUUGCUCUUAAAGGAACACUAAUUUAAAAAAAACAAAAAAAAACCCCCCCCCCCUUCUUACUAAUUAGAAAUGUUACAAUUAUUUUAAUUGACUCCCUCCCUUCCUCCAAAAUAAAUAAAUAAAGCCUUUAAACUUGCCUUUAUUCCAGCCCCAGGGCAGUCUUCUUAUUGCAGCCAGAUCCUCAUCCUAACUUUUGUCCAACCUGAUGCAUCCUAGAAAAACAUUGAGGAAUGCAUACCAAGCAAAUAUAUGGAAAGCACUGAACCUUCUCAUUGAGAAGUAUCAGAUACACACAGCAUCCAGUGUUGGCAGACUUUGCAUGCUGACUCUGGAUGUCAAACAGAUUUGAUAUCUGAAUUAAUAUCUGUUGCAUCCUCCUAGUGAUUGAUUGUUUUACAUCCUCUAAUAGGCCAGAAAAUUGCAAAAUGUAAACGAUGCCAUUUCUCAGAUAUUAUAGUGAUUUUGAUGCUUUGUGUCCUUGUAACAUUUUUCAUAAAUCCACCUCUUUAAAUAAGGCAGUGUAUGGCCAAGGUUGGCAUUCUCCUGAUACUCAUUCUCCUUCUAGGCCUGUGUUCAUUGAUGCUGAAAAUGUAUUAAACUGGUCUAAUGAGUUAUACAAGUUAUGCGCAUUAUGUGAUCAUUUUUAUUGCACCUAAUAUGCCAAUGGGCAGGUAGACCUUGAAAUUUUGGUAAUAAUGACAGAUUUCUGUGCAUUUAAAUAACCCCUCUAACCUUCUCCUCUAACCUAUCUUUCCAGCACCUGUAUGACCUGUAAGUGGGCCUACAAUGUUCUACUACUUUUUAUUUGUUUUGCCCAAACUGCUACCAUUAAAAAAAAAUAAAAAAAAAUAAAACUCACUAAUUUAAUCUGCUUGCUACAAUUAUAUGUGGACCAUGUAUAUUCUAAAUGUGAUGCUGUAGCAAACGGAGCAGUUUGUUCUCUGAAAGGGUAAAGUGAAUGGUGGAUUUUUCAUUCUUUUUAUUUAUUUUUUUUGUUAGCGUUUGUAUUUCUUUGCCCAGAUUAUUUCUGAAAAGCGAAUGGCUAAUUGUUUUCUGUUCCCACUCCCAUCAACAGGUCUGACUAUUGCCAAGCGUAUCCAGAUUUCAGACCUACCACAGCUUGUAGCUGCUUUCCACAGCCUGGUGGGUCUGGCUGCUGUUCUCACCUGCGUUGCAGAGUACAUGAUCGAAUAUCCCCACUUUGCAACAGACCCUGCAGCAAACCUCACAAAGAUCGUGGCAUAUCUGGGUACCUACAUUGGUGGUGUGACAUUCAGUGGCUCCCUCAUUGCAUAUGGGAAGCUGCAGGGUAAGUCUCAAACGGUUUUGGUUUCUUGGUAAUUUCCUAGUUUACUUUUCCUAUUUGCUCCCUCCCUUUCCAUAUUCCCAUUGCCAAGUUAUUCAGCAUUAAACAAACAUGGUUAAAUAGUGAACCUUGAGGCUUAUUCCAAAAAGACAACUGGAUGGAAUGAGUUCUGCUCCAGGUGUUCUAAACACACAUGUCUGGGAACAAUUUACUGUUUCAUGCCAUGUUUUGUUUAAGUUGUGUCUCGUAGUGGGUGUUCUUUCUGUACACGAGGUAUAACGUGCAUCGCGGCGCCACAAUUUUUAGUUCGCCUGCCCAACUUUUGCAAGCUCCCUGCAACCUGCUUCUUAAGGGGAGAGGUAAACAAUCGCCACACUAUAAAUAAUCGUGCUUGGUUCUCUUUGUAAAAUACUCCCAUGUGUUUCCUUUAAGUAGAUGUUUUGUAUUUAAGCAUUACAAAUUGAGGUUUUGUUUUCAGGACCCUCCAUGCUAUCUUUUGUAAUGUAUGCAGGAGAUUAUUGAUAGUGCUGUUGUCGUUCAUAAUUUAUGUACUGGUCCUUUUCAGCCCAACAGCAAUUUAUCUUCAUUUGAACAAAGAGGAAACUUUAGAUCUUUUUGCUAUUAAAAACACACGCGUAUACACGCACACGACAAGUAAUACUAUUGAGUAGAUAUAAAUUGUUUAUAUACGUAGAGCUGAAAGAUGUGAUCUUGCUAGUGCUGACUGUUUAACUAUCCCAUGGAGCUACGGUUCCUUGGUAGCUCAUUCCUGCAAUAAAGAAAGUAUAAUGCUUACAUAUACUCAACAAAGUUUAGCGGUGUAUUGUAAAAUUAAAUAUAUACUGCAUUAUGGAAGAGAUAUAGGCAAACUAAUUUAAGUAUGUAAAAUAGAAGUAUCAUUAAUGCCUGUGGGGUUCCUUUUCACACAACAUAAUACCUGGCAGUAUAUAAAUUGCAAUAGACCCCUACACGCCCCUAUUACACCCCAUUUAAAUAUAUAUUGGGCUUUAUUCAAUAAAGUAAGUUGUGAUGAACUGAAAUCUAAAUUUGAAAAGUUUAGGACAAAGUAGUCAAGCUAAGUAAUAUUGCUGAUGUUGAAUACUUUUUUUGUGCAUAAAUAUUUUGGUCUAUUUUGGUUUUUUAAUUAUCACAGUGAAUAAACCACUAUAUUUUCUUUCAUCAACAAUACUCGACCAGGUUCUCAUCUGGCUAAGUCACAAGUUCUUUGGUUACAGUCAGGUGCACCUGUCUCCUAGGUGUUUGAUAAUCCACUUGUGAAAUUACGCUGGUCCAUAAUAUUUUUACUAGGAUGCCAAACAAAGGAAUGUACAAGCAUUUUAAAGGUGAUCAUUCCUCUUUAAGAACCGACUUCACAAGAUGUGCAUUUGGAGACUCUCCCAGAGCUUAUUAAAAUGUGUUUGCAUUAUAUGAAGCUGCAACAUAACACACAUCUUGCAAAUACGCCUCUAGGCUAUGGUAUCCAGGUUUAUAGGUCUGUAUCUUGACCUGCUAAUAAUCUUCAGGGAGUUAUAGGGCCAAUUGUAUUAUUAGUCAUCUGGAAGACACACACCUGUUUUUCAUUUGGGUCUGGGCUUGUUAGUAAACUGGUGUAGUGCUUGUAAGAUACAGUAAAUGAUACUGAUUAAUUGUCAGCUAGUUGAAAGUGGGGGAGGGAGACGUCCAGUGAGGUCAUUAGGAAUUCUGGUAGCUGACCCCAAUAUGUACGUUGCCGUUUGAAUGUCAUCAGCUAAUGGACCUUGUAAAUUAACCUUAAUAUUCUUGUUAUGCACAGGUGUGUGUAUAGAGCUGAGCAAACUAAAUGUAGAGUAUCCCAACACAUUUCUACCUGGACACCUUGAGUCAAAUGUGACAAAAGGGAAUUUCUAGGACAUUAACUUGCCUGAAUUAGGUACAGCUUAUUGUAGAAAAGGUGGCCUGAGUCUGACAUGUGACUAUUGUGGCUUAUGUGGCGCACACACACAAUCACCACAGCUGCUCUGCAAUCUUUGUAGGUUGUGGUUAAAUCCAGGAGGGGACACAUUGAUAGAUCAGGUUCACAAAGAGAUAACUAUAGGCAGAGGAAUUUUAAAGGUACAGUACCCUACCCUGUGAAGGACUACAUUAACAUGUAUCCAUUCACCACCUAUUGUGGUUUUGGUUUUUAAGUGAAUAAACAUCACCAUAGCGUUCUUUCUUAUUCUCUUUGAUAUAUUUUUGUGCCAUGAGCAGAUCAUUGUUUGGAGAAUUAACUAGAUUAUCUAUUCAUCUAUUUAGUAUUUACGGAAAAUGCAUAAUUUUGAUGGUUCAGUUCAAACGUAAUUAUAUAUUUUUAAAAAAAUGCAAAUAACAAAUGCCAAGGAACGCCCUUCUUUUUAUUUUUUUUUUUUUUUUUCUCCAGCUUUGAAAAGCUUGAAAGAGCCCCCUUUUCUGCAUUUUCUCUCAUUAUUGUAUUAUUUCUACAAUCCUUUCCAAGCAGGCCUUAAUGCAGAACAUAUGAUUGUUGAUUAUCCCAUGACCAAUUUAGUGAGUGUCUCUGCUUUUAUAGUUGCACUUUGUUUCUCUGUACAUGCCAUCGUUUGCACUAGCCUGAUGUUACUUCAGCGUAAAGUAAAUAUUUACCCAAAUAAAUUUAAAAUGCACACCCAAAUCUUCGUGCUGGAGAUGGUACUAAUUAUAGUCCUAUGAGAAUUCAAUUCCUUUUGGCAAUUGUGUUUAAUACAAAUAGUCCUUUAAAUGUAUUUCUGCUCUAUAUAAAACACCAUACACAAUCACAUUGGGCAGCAGAAUGAUAUCAGAAAUAAAACCAUAAAACAAUUAUUUAUGGAUCUUCUCUUUGAAAUAUAUACAUAGAAUUUUAUUAUGGAUAUAUGGCCACCUUCACCUUAUUUAAUUGUGGGUAUGAAGUAGGUAAAAAAGUGCAAAAAACUAAUUACAAAAAUUACCUUUUUAAAUCAAUUCAAUGCAGCUGAUAUGAUCUACAGCAAAUGUCAAAUGAUUAAUGAAAUUAACAUUUCUCCUGCAUGGUGUGUGUCGGUAAAUUGUGUUUUUAGAAUAUAAAAUUUAUGCUAAUAGUGAAGUUAUUCCCAUGAAAGGAACACUCCAAGUACCAUAAAAACUUUGUUUGAACAAUGUUGUUAUGGUGCAGCCGACUUGCCUUUAGGGGUUAAGCCAUUACCGAACAUGUUUAACCCCAAAGUCUUCAGCGCCGUUUAGCUCUGCCCCUUCCUUCCACUUGUCUGAGAUUCCAAACCAAAUUGGUAGCUCCCCAAAAAACAGGUUUGCGAAAAAUAUGCACGUUUCCUAUGGUUUAAUCCCUAAGGGUAAACAAGUGCAAGUGACCUUCUGGCACUAUGAUUCCAAUGAAGUUGUUAGUGUCCAGAGUUACCCUUUAAUGAACAGGUGAUAAUGUAUAGAUCAUCUUCGAGCAACCUUGGGUGCGGAUCUCUAGCAGAAUUAGUACACACCUGUUUUUGUCUGCCCAAAAUUAGCAGGAGUUACAAUUCUGAGCUUUACAUGCCACCAUUUUAAUCAGAGAAACAAAAUGGCUGCUGCCUGUCAUGGUAACUCCCCCUGAAACAGGGGUCUUGUUUCUUCAGACCCUUCGAUGACAUUAUUUUCCCAUAACGCAGCUUUGCCAUUAUUUAUCAUUUACAUUGUGAUGCUUUUACGUUAGAUUUGUUCUAUCUCCAGAAACCCUUGGCUGGCCUCGUUUUGCCUCGCUAUGCAGCUUACCAUUAUUGAAAAUAUUUCUUAUGUAUAUGUACACUAUUUACUAGACUAUAAGAGAUUUCUUGUGUUUUUUUUUUUUUUUAAUCAACCACUCAUUCUGUCUUUAUAGGUGUUCUUAACUCUGCCCCUCUCCUCCUGCCGGGAAGACACGCCAUGAAUGCUGGUUUGCUAGCUGCUAGCGUUGGGGGCAUGAUCCCUUACAUGUUAGAUCCAAGCUACACAACUGGCCUUACAUGCCUUGGCUCUGUGUCUGCGCUCUCAGCAGUUAUGGUAAGUGGAGCGAUUAAGCUAUAAUAGUGAAAAUGGACAAGAACAUAGUUUCAGGCAUAUAAUGACUUUCUGUUAUAGUUGUUUUGAGUUUAGAAGUAGCUAAACAUUAUUUUUACUUGUCUGAUAAACCACUUACUACUACCCCACCACCAACAACUUUUCUUUAGACUGCCUUGUAGGUAGAACUUUACCACAGAAUAGUAAUUAAAGAUGCACUUUAAGCACCAUAACCACUGCAUCUUAUUGUAGUUCUAAUGUUGCAAAAAGGUUGUGGAAUCUCUUUAUAUCAAGGGAUAUCUGUCAAGGGACAUCUGUGAAAAGACACGUCUAUUAUCAUUUUGUUUCUAACUUAAUACUAUAUCAAGAACUAUUGGUUCUUUGAAGGGUAAUAUUUAAAUUCCCCUCAGUCUAAUAAAUUAUGCAAUGCAAAACUACUUGUUGACUGAUGUCAUCUGUCUCUGAUCAGCAAUGUUUGGCUACCCUUUACGUCUAAUACUGCCCAACACACUGGUUAUGUGCUGAUAACUGUUUGGCAGGAGAAGAUAAGCCUUUACCCUGUUGCAUAAUAAAUAUAUUUAUUAAAGACGUGAUCAGAGCUGUGUGUGUAUUUGAUUAGGAAUUCUGUCUUCUUGUGUGGAUUCCAUUGGUUGUACACUUUGCAGAAAUGUGUUUGCAAAAUAUAUUAAAGUGAAUAAUUCCAAUAAUUAACAUUCCCUGCUGGAAUACGCAUAAUGGUUACGCUAUUGUCACGCGAUGCAAUUUGCGAUGCAAUUAGUACUGUGAUGAGAACAUCAUACUUUUUGUACAUUUGCAAUUACACAGCCAUCGGUGAGCAUAUCAAGCAGCAGAAUCUGUUGUAAUACUGUUUUAUUAAUGUAGGUAAUGGAGGGUGGGGGGUGAUUAGUAUUUUGAUGAUGAGCAAGGGUUAAAGUAAUGCGGUCAGAUGCCUUAGAUUGAAAGGGAUUUGUAAGGAAGUCGCAAUUUGACAUCAGGAAGGGCUUAAACAUGGAGGGUCAAGGAAAGUGUUUGUUUGUGAACUGGUGAAAAAAAGCUCUCCUGGUCAUUUAUUUAGAGGGGCACUAUAGUCACCAGAACAAAUACAUCUAAUUGUAUUUGUGCUAGUGAGUAUAAUCAUUCCCUUCAGGCUUUUUGUAGUAAACACGGUCUUUUCAGAAAAAAAGGCAAUGUUUACAUUACAGCCUAGGGAUACAUCCACUGGCCACUCCUCAGAUGGCUGCUAGAGGUACUUCCUGGGGCAGUGCUGCACAUUGAGCAUCACUGCCAUCCAUUGUCUCCUCCCUCUGCAUGCAGACACUGAACUUUCCUCAUAGAGAUGCAUUGAUUCAACCCAUCUGCAUGAGGAGAUGCUGAUUGGCCAGGGCUGUGCUUGACUUGUGUUGGCUCUUCCCCUGAUCUGCCUCCUUGGCAGUCUCAGCCAAUCCUUUGGGAAAGCAUUGUGAUUAGCUCAAAGAAUCACUUCUGAUGAUGUCAGCCAAUCGGUAGAUCUGGGCAAACCCAGCAGCACCAAACUGGAAUAAAAGUACCAUUUUACUAUAUUUAGGGGUGAAAGAGGGGGUCCUGGGGGGCUAGUUUGAGGUUUUAAUAUUAUAGGGCAAGGAGUACAUGUUUGUGUUCCUGACCCUAUAGUGUUCCUUUAAUGCUAUGUUGUGAUUUUAAAAAAUAUAUAUAUUUAUAAACCCACAUGUUGCAGCAGAGUAAUCUCCUAAACUGUUCCUGAACACAGGCAAAGAGAUUUCAAUGUAUUAACACUAUGAAUUGGUGAAUGCUUCGACAGUGAGGACUUUGGGAGUGGACUCCAUUAGAAUGCAUUAAGUGCAUAUUCCUGUAUAUUGGCAUUAUUUUUGAAACUUGUCUUUUUUUCCCCCCCUGUGUAACAUGCAUUGUGUUCUCAUAGGGAGUAACACUCACGGCUGCCAUUGGAGGUGCUGACAUGCCUGUUGUUAUCACGGUUUUGAACAGCUACUCUGGAUGGGCUCUGUGUGCUGAAGGAUUCCUGCUAAACAACAACUUGCUGACCAUCGUUGGAGCUCUUAUUGGCUCCUCUGGAGCUAUCCUGUCCUACAUCAUGUGUGUGGUAAGUUCAUCUGCUCUCCCAGAGUUAUUUUUCAUUGAUUUUAUUUAUUUAUAUAAAUAUCACAUGCAAAAGAAAUAUCAUAACAUAUAAUGGUUAAAAAAUAAUAAUAAAUAAAUAAAUAAAUAAAAAAAAUAUAUAUAUAUAUAUAUAUAUAUAUAUAUAUAUAUUUUUUUUUUUAGAUCAUUUUUAUAUAAACAUAUGUAGCCAUGUACGAACUGAGAAGAGUCAUAAAAACCAGGCAAUCUGACAAUUUUAAUGAUGACAAAUACUGAUAUGAUAAAGCCACCUUACAAUAUUAUCUAAAAAUAUAUAGAGACUGUAGAGGACUUUUUGGAUAUUGCGGACUGUCAGUGGCGCUUAACUGGUUAAGUCAUCCCAGACAUUUUCAGGGUAAUUAGGCCCCUUUUUAAUUGUUUGGUAUAAUUUCCCUUUAAACUUUAAGUAACCUAUGCAGUUUGGAGAAUGCCUUAAGUACACGCAGCUCACGACAAUCCCAGAUGCACAGACUUGCUGGAGAAGGAGUUAAAUUGGACUCUGUCCUUUGAUGUCAGGAGUGGUUUGAUGAGCAGGGGAAGCAUGUAAAAUAGGAAAUUGAGAAGAUCUGUAUCAAAUUUGUGGCAGCCUUCAAUGUUGUGUGCUUUUAAUCAGUGUCAUUUCUAAUUGGUUUACUUUAAAGCUUACAGAUAACACAGCAUUUGUUUACCUUCAAGUCAUGUAAUGGUUAUUCAACUAAUUUUAAUUGGUGGAUUUGUUCGGCUAUGUUGUUAAACCUAGUUAAAAUCAAACAAAUUUAAGGUCUCUGUUUGCAUGGGCUAUGGUCUGUUUAGACAUAGCCAGUUGCCUAUAAGAAAAUAUUAUUUUGUUGAAUGUCGGCUUCCUCAGUUUUGCAUAUUGUUAUAAGAGGAAAAGCCCGAUGAACUGAUCAAGUGGUGUCAGAAGUAAAAAGAGGUCACCAUUAGUCUGAUGGUUUUGUCAUCGAAAUGUUCAGCAUUUGUGAUAGAAAAACUACUAGGGUACCACUGGCAUUCAAAAGGAUAGUUAUCGUCUCCCCCAUGGUUCAGAGGAUUAGGGGUAUAUCUCCCAAACAUAAUUUGAAAAUUAAUUAAAACUGUUAUUUCUCUGAUCUUCAGAAUGCAUUUGAGUAUAUUCUUUCCUUUUAAGUAACUAUGCAGUAGAAUUCUGUAUAUUCCAUAAAUACAAUGCAAUGGAACCAGAUUUGUAACUGCAAUACAAGUAAAGGGAUGCUCUGGACCAAGUAGGUUCUAUAGGUUUUGGCCUCAUUAGUAUGCUGUACUCUGUGCAUGCUUAAAUCUUAAUAGCUUUUGCACAAAAGAAAAACCCCAAUUGUUUUGCAGAAUGCUGCACUGUAAGUCUGCCUUCUUGGCCACAUCCCCUCAUUCAAGAACAAUACUUCCUUCUCAAAUGUACAUACACAGCUCAUCCACUGACUACACAAGUAAUCUGAACUACAAAGAAACCUGCAUUAGAAGAUGAGCAUAGUCAGGGAGGAACAUCAGUGCCUAUUUAAAGCUUCUAUGACUAUCUGCAGUCAACGUGUGAAUUAAAAGCAGGCCACACAGCGCUAUUAGAGGCUGAGCUUUUCAGAGGAGGUGUGGCUAAGAGGAAGGCUUCUGGUGCAACAUUCUGCAAAACAUGUACCGGUAUGUUUUUUUUCUUCUUCUGCAAAACCUAGAAAGAGUAGAACAUUAAAACAAUAGCCCAUAUUAAUGAAGUAAAAAAAAAAAAAGUAAAAUGCAUUACAUGAACACUCUACCUAAAGCCUUUAAAAAAAAAAAAAAAAAAUAUAUAUAUAUAUAUAUAUAUAUAUAUAUAUAUAUAUAUAUAUAUAUAUAUAUAUAUAUAUAUAUAUAUUUUUUAGGUUUUAAUACUGGCAAUAUUGGCAAUUUUAUAAAUAAACCAUUUUCAAUUAACCGGUCCUGUUACUUCCAGGCUGUUUAACUCCGUGGAGAUAAUCACAACAGGCAGCAACUGCUCAGAGCAUCUGCCUUGCAACAAUUUUGGGAAGUCUGAUUGGACAGCCACAGAGAAUCUGAAGAAAGGGAGGGCUUGCAAAAAAAAAAUAUAAAUCAGGAUUUUUAAACGUAAAUACUAAUUCUUAAAGGGACACUAUAGUCACCCAGACCACUUCAGCUCAAUGAAGUGGGCUGGGUGCCAGGUCCCCCAGAUUUUAACCCUUCAGAUGUUUACAUUGCAGGUUUAUUCCAGCCUCUAGUGGCUGUCUUCCUGACAGCCGUUAAAGGCACGUAUGCGACGCUUGAUGCGAAAAUCGCAUUCAGCGUGCAAAAUGUCCAUAGGAAAGCAUUAAGAAAUGCUUUCCUAUGGACAGUUUGAAGGUGCACGGCUCUUGCCGCGCAUGCGCAUUCCGCUCCACUCGGGAGCCGACGUCGGAGUGGGAGGAGAGGUCACCAGCGCCGAGGGAGCCCGGCGCUAGAUUAAUGUAAGUAACUGUAGGGGUUUUAACCAAGGUGAGGGGGACCCUGAGGGGGGGGUUUAAGGGUUGUAUAGUGUCAGGAAAACGAGAUUGUUUUCCGGACACAUAGUGAUUCUUUAAUGGUUGUUACAAUCUUUUAACAUAUGCAACCAGAUGAACAUUUAAUAUUUACAAUAAUACACUUUUAUGUCAGAACUGAUUUUUGUUAUAUACCACUAGAAACACAUAAAUAAUAAGGAAAUGAUUGCAAGGUGAACGGUCUCCAGGUUAAGGGUUUAAUCACUCAUAUUUGGGCUUGAAUUGUAACUAAAACAAUAAUAUUAUAAAAAUCAUACAUAUUUUUUUUUUUGUUUAAACAUCAAUUUUUGUUAACUGAAGUAAUUAAAUAUCUUGAAGCAAUAAUAAUAAUAAUUUCAACUGCAAUGGUUUGCCCUCUUAUUUGGGUUCCCACCAAGCUUAUGCUGAGCUGCUAAAGCCAACGCUGAUCCAUCGGUCACAGUACUUUCGGUCACCGAAUGACCCUCUGUUCCAAGAAUAUGCAGAGUAUUGACAUUUGCCAGCUAAUGGUGUACUAAUUAAGCUGCCGAACGUGGUAUUACACCUCUGAGAGCAGCAUAAAAUAUCUUAAUAUGGGCAGAGUUUCAUAUUGAAAAAAAUGCACAUACAGACUUAAAGCACCAUGAGCACUUUAAAUCACUCAAGUGGUCAUGGUGCUUAGAAAACCCUUUAAAGUAAGGUGUAUAACAUUUUGCUGUAAAAAGGCGCAUGUUCUCUCUGCAGACACCAGUUCAAGUAACAUAGAUUAAUUGAAUAAUUCACAAAAAAAUGCAAAUAUUGCUUGAAUACACAGCUACAUAGCUAAUCCGUAUUUCAUGCUGAAUAACCUUUGCACUAUAAUGUAGCUUAAAUAGAAAAGUACCUUUUCAUAUUUUUUUUAAAAGAAAUCCGGUUUAAAUGAAGAAAGAAAAAAACUGGUCCCAAUCAGUAUUUGUGUGUAUAAUUUUUAUUUAUUUUCCCAUCUGAUUUCCAAUAAUUGCUUUGCUAGCAACAUUAUCCUCGACUGGACCUGCCACACAGGGGCAGCAGUAAAACAUUGAAUAUCGUUCUCACAUUGUAAGCCACUCAACUCCUUGAGAUAAUCUGUUGCAGAUGAGGAGGUGACAGUUAAAAAAUUUUGAUUGCUCCAGCAUUCUUUUUGGAGAACAUUUCUUAUGGCAAGCUCCAUGCAUACGUCUUGCAUUAUUUAAUGCUUUGCGUGCCUGGGGAGACCUACAAGUGGAGACUACCAGCAUUGUGUUUGUCACUUUGUGUUUGAUGAAGCACACAGACAGGCAGUGACUCGGGUCAGUCUGGGGCCAAAGAUUGCACCAGGAUUAUGAUCGAAGUACAAUAAAAAGUUGUAGUGAUUUGUGUCUAUACCAGUUUAAAGGAAGGCUCAAAAGUUAAUUUCCCAGCAAUUGGCUAGAGAAUAUUUUGCCCUGGUGAGUGAGCCAUUGUCUCACUAGGCUUACUGUUGUAAGUACAAUUUAAGGCCUGACUAGUAGCCUAGGACGUGACAUUUUAAGACCUUCAUUCAGGAUUGUGAUAUUUUUCAUAUUUUUUUUCUUCAAAUGAUUUGGCAUAAAAAGAGUAAUUGUUUAACAAUUUGAAUGACAGACAUACACUAUGUAUUACUCUGUGACACUGAGCUAAAGAUGUGUUAUAAAAAUUGAAAACUGCAAAAACUGCUAUUUCAUUAAAACAUCAAAUGCAGUAAAGUGUCUUAGUUGUGUUAUUUGUCUUGUCAUUAAUUUUUAAUAGCUAAAUUUUCAUAGCUGAGAAGGCAUCACAAGGAAAGGAAAUAUUUAGAAUUUGUCCAGUCCUUCAUUUUGUCAGUUUUUACUCCUCUCUGUGUAUUCAUAAAUAUGUUCUAUAUUUCUGCAUUGAUGUCCAGGCUGUUGCACUCAACCCCCCAAACAUAUAUAAUGAAUAAGACAUACCCGGGUGCUUCCUAGCGAAAUAUAAACAAAGUAAAGACAGGAACACUAUGUGAAAGUUUUGAAUAUGUUUGGAAAAACAGAGUGAGUGCCCCUGUCUUUACUUUGUCUAUAGUUCUGCAUUUCCUUUCACCAAAUACCUAAAUAUUAUCCUACUUCCGUCCCUGCUCACAUUUUAAGAUGAUCUGUUUGAGAUAGUGAAGCUAGGGAUUGCUUGCUCAGCUAUCUGCAAUGAAGGGGGCAACGUUUCUCAUAGUGGGUAGCUGACACCUACAUACAGAGGGCUUUGUUCCCUCAUUAACUUGGUGGCUGGCUUAAAGAAACCUAAACCCCAUGUGUGCUGUACUGAUGACCUGGUCAUAAUGCAUCAGUAGGAGUUGACAGAAGUCCGAGUAAGGGAUCGCCAUUAGCUUUUGAUAAGUCGCCUCCUAGUGUUAAAAAAACAAAACAAGAUAAACCAUGGUUUUGAUUUGAAUCUUACAUUUUACCUACAUAUACAUGACAUAUAUCAACAUUCAAUAGAACAUUUCAUCAACAGGCUAAUCAUUUUGAUAAUUAGUAUUCCCAGUCCUUCAGUUUAAAGUCCUGUUUAUUUUACCUGGCUCACCUACAUGUUAAAAAUCCAGUGGGACACUUAAUACCUAUGUAUGAUACAGGUUAGAGACUUCUAACUGUGAUUCUAUAUAUAUAUAUAUUUUUUCUUUCUUACACAGGCAAUGAACCGAUCCCUUGCAAAUGUUAUCCUUGGGGGUUAUGGAACAACAUCCACCGCUGGAGGCAAGCCCAUGGAAAUCACUGGUACUCACACAGAAAUCAACUUGGAGAAUGCAGUUGAGUUGAUAAAGGAAGCAAACAACAUUAUCAUCACACCAGGUAUGGUAUGGAUGAGAGGGAGAAUAAAACCCCAAACCAAGUGGCACUAAAAGAAAUUUGAUGCCCCUAAAUUUAACAGAGUUCUUUUCGGGUUUCUGAUUUGUUCUAAAACUAACGUUAAUCUAUUGUGGUUUUUCUGUUAUUGUUAAUUGUGGCAUAGUUUGCCAGAACAUUUUCACUGAAUGCGUAAGGUCAUUUUAUUUUAAAAGUAUUUGUAUGAAUAGUUAAACUGCAAAUGCAAGUAACUGUUAUUUAAAUUACAAAAAAUAAAAAAUGAAUAGUGGACAUAGCACAUGUUAUACAUAUUAUGCUUUAAUUUAGGCAUAAUCUCCUGGCACCAUAACUUAAUUUCAAUUGCGUUGUUAUGGUGUCUAAACUGGUCCUUUAAUGGGAUAGAGUUAUCUAAAUGUAGACAUUUGAGAUAGGAGUAGAGCACAUAUUAAAAGCUUGCUCCUAUCUCCCCACGAUAAGGAGUGGUAUGUUUGUGGCUAAUCCAUUUAUCUUUUGUGCCUUCUCCAGGUUAUGGUUUGUGUGCUGCUAAGGCCCAAUAUCCAAUUGCAGACUUGGUGAAGAUAUUAACAGAACAGGGAAAACAUGUCCGGUAAGUAUAAUAUGAUUUCUUUAAGGAGCAGUUUAGGAAUCUUUAAAUUUUUUAUUUUUUUAUUUUUUUUUAUUGUUUGAUGCAUUGUUUGUUUUUUUGUUUUUUUUGUCAAAAUGUUUUGGAGAGAUUCGAGCACAACCAGGGGACACUGGGGAUCCACUGCUUGAUCGUUGCUAAUGCAACAUUGAUUCUGUCUAUGGUUUUAAGCAAUUCAUCGGCUGAGUGACUUAGGUCAAUCCACACAUAUACGGUUUGCUCAAGAACCACAGGGAGGCACCAGCAGUUUAAUGGCACCAUCAUUUCUGCAUCUAGUGAUGAUGGCACUUAAAUUCCCCUUUUAAUGUUAGUCAAUUCUGGGUUGUCACUGGUUUAUUACUAAAACCAAUGGUACUCGCAUUAACUGUAGGAGGAGGAAAAUGAAAUGAAACCUGCGAUUUUUGGUCUCUACAGUUGGAGCAGUAUAUGAUGAGAUAUCUGCUCCCUGCCCCCUAGAUGGAAUUUUAAAUGAUACCAAUAAAAUAUUUUUGUGUAAUUCACCUGAAACUAUUGUCUCUGCUCCUCUGGUUAUGUUUGUGUUGGGUACAGCUGUAUACCUAUUGGAUCAACGUGUAAAAAGACUGUAAAAGACUCUUAAUUGGGACAAGUAUAUUUUCAUUGCAACACACACCAUAAAAUGCUUUGAAAUAAACCAUAUUCCACAUUCAAUUGCAUGAAAAUCUGGAAAUCGCUGGCCCAGCGUGUUGAAUGAUCAGUGGCCAGGAGUAUGAUUCAUGCCGUUUUUUUUUUUUAAAAUACGCUUGAAGUCUAUUGCUAAAAUAGAUGUUUUGGCUGCUCAUUGUCAGCUGCAGCUAUCUAAAUAUUUCGAUUUUCUUUACCAUUUCGUGCCUGUUUGUUCCGUUCCUGUAACCUAUUCAUAUCUGUAGUUCUUUCCAUCUGCAUGUCAGCAACCAAUCUUCCAGCAAAGUUUCCUGUCUUCCUAGAAGGGAAAUGUACAGCUGGAGAGAUGGUCACAAACUGAACUGCUUAUUCUCUUAUUUUUGCAACCGCAAAAUUAACGCUCUUAAACGAUGCUCACCUAAUUGCACAGACUUUCCCGUAGUUUUUCGUAGACUACCAUAUAUUUAUUUAGAACAUAAAUGCUCGUUGUCUUUUUUUAUUUUUUUCUUUCUAAUUACUAGAAAAAAAUCUUUCUCAAUUUUUGACUUUUAAGCCUGAUUUUGACAUAGUGAUGUACAGUUCUCCUUAGAAUAGUUCUUCAGGCGUAGGCUUCACCAUGUACUGUGUUCCUUCCUGGAUCAGUUGUUUUCCUGUUUAUAUUAUGUGUGAAGGCUUCAGGAUUUGUCACUUUUUUUUUUUUUUCUGUUUCUUUUUAAACUUUUAGUUCUUUAACAUGUUUGACCGCAAACACAGUGAUUCCAGCAAGAUUUAAUGUUUACAAGGAACGCUUCACUGUUAAUCAUAAAGCUAUAUAGUGUAUAGAAAUGGAAGAAGCAAAAGUACAGAUUUAUUUUUUAAGUUCUGUUCCUUGCAAGUUUUAGAUUUAGCCCCCCCACCUCUAACUAAAAUACUGUAAAAAUGUAUUAAAAUCCAGCGCAGUCUCCUCUCUGAAGCAUGAUCUACAUAGAUAAUCCUUGGCCACCAUGCAUCACCAAUCCAGUUCUUCUCGUUCGUAGAAUUCAAUGCAUGUCUAUGAGAAGCAUUAGCCAUACGUGGCAUAAGGAGAAGGUGCCUCUAGUGGCUGUCGGUCUCUUAGCCUGUAGAGACGUGUUUUGGGCCAAAUGUAAACCUUGUCACUUCUCAGAAAUUGCAAGGGACAGCAGCUAUGUACCAACCAGAACCACUUCAUGUAGAAGUGUACUUGCACCAGACUCUGUUUAAAGCAGCUGACUAAAUUAACAAGAAGACAUCUCCUGAAUUUUGAGGGGUGGCAGAUAUUGGGCUACCAUUUGGAAAUACUGUUUUAUUUUCUUUAUUUUUUUUCCUCCCCCCACUGUAAUAUUUGUAGUAGCACAGAUAGAAAAAAGAUUCAGGAGAGUAGAGAAUAUUGCAGUUGAAAAUAUAAAAUUUCCCAUGUGGUAUACACACACCACUGUCUUACGCAGGAACUAAAUGAGCAAUCCAGGUUGUUUUAUUCUAAGUGACCUCCAUUCCAUUGAAUUGCAUCUAAUCUAUAGUAUCCGGUUACACACUUUUUGGACAUUGCAGAAGCCAGUGACUCUGUGGAAUAUCAUAAUAUCUUACAUUGGAAAGAAUGAUAAAAAAAGCAGUAUGACUUUCAGUUCAUGCACAAAAAGAACAUCUCCACAUGUUUUGGAAAUGCUGUUUUCCAGUUUAACUACAGGAAUUGCAUCAUGGGAAUUAUAGUUCUAAUCUGAGGAUGUACCUUUUGAGACCCCCAGCUUUAAGGAAUGAGAUUAUUGGGUCUUAUCUGUUGUCAGAAUCUGUGUUCCUGUAUGAUAACUCAAGAAUGGUCAAUUUAAUUAUCGUCCUUCCUGACUUGUUAAAUUGGCCUCCUUCAGCCCAUUUUCCACUUUUCAUGCUUUCCUUAAUGUAGUAGUAACAAUGAAACCUAAAUCCAGACACUGACUUUGCUUAACCUGUAGUAGCUGACCUGUGAAUAGCAAAACCAUUCGGAACAAAGCUGCAUUAUAUGGCAACAUUUGAAGCUUGGUGGAGAUUGUUUAACUUGCUCCUUAGCACCAUUAGAUUGGGAUAUUCUAAAAGGUCUGAAAGCAUUCUGUAUAGCCAGUGGCUAUGUCGAAGGUCUGUUUUAAGUUACAUUUUCAGACAUGGUUCUGGAAGACUACUGAUGAUCAUUUAAGUGGAAAGAUGUGCAGAUAAAGGGUUAAGUAUUUGGAUGUUGCCACUUAUUCCUAUAUGGUAAAAUCCUGCAAUGCUUAAUGUAGCUUGGAAUUAUUUUUGUUCCGAAAUGGAACAUUUUUAGCAUGUAAUAUUACAGCCGCCUUGCAGAUGUGAUAUACUGUUUCUGUAUGGGACACCCGCUAGCCAAGUAAUUCUGUAGAUAUGGUGCUUUUACUUUACAAUUUCAUAGUGAUCAAAUUAAUUGACAUUGUGGAUAUUAUCACGCAGUACUGAUUGGGGCAUUGAACAUUUAUCAAAACUUUCUAGGGACACUGCAAACUGCCAUUUACUCAAUGUUUCAUUUAUUAUGAAGAUGAUGGCUUAAAGAUAUGUACAGAAUGCUUGGUUGUAUAGGGAGAAGUAUUAGCAGUAGAAAGAGGGAAGUGCUCAUGCCAUUGUACAGAACACUGGUGAGACCUCACUUGGAGUAUUGUACGCAGUACUGGAGACCAUAUCUCCAGAAGUAUAUUGAUACUUUAGAGAGAGUUCAGAGAAGGGCUACUAAGCUGGUUCAUAGAUUGCAGGAUAAAACUUACCAGGAAAGGUUAAAGGAUCUUAACAUGUAUAGCUUGGAGGAAAGACAAGACAAGGGGGAUAUGAUAGAAACAUUUAACUACAUAAAGGGAGUCAACACAGUCAAGGAGGAGACUAUAUUUAAAAGAAGGAAAAAAAACGAGGACAUAUUCUUAAAAUAGAGGGGCAAAGGUUUAAAAAUAACAUCAGGAAGUAUUACUUUACUGAGAGGGUAGUGGAUGCAUGGAAUAGCCUUCCAGCUGAAGUGGUAGAGGUUAACACAGUAAAGAAGUUUAAGCAUGCGUGGGAUAGGCAUAAGGCUAUCCUAGAUAUAAGAUAAGGCCAGGGACUAAUGAAAGUAUUUAGAAAAUUGGGCAGACUAGAUGGGCCGAAUGGUUCUUAUCUGCCGUCACAUUCUAGGUUUCUAUGAAAAAAUAAUAAAUCUAAAUUUCUGCAAAUCUGCAGCUUCUAUAAAGUUGAAAUUAUUUCUUCUGUUAUCUACAAUGUGAUUAGCUGUGCAUGUCUACUGCACAUGUAAACAGUCUCAUAGAAAGCGAUUAGUAAACCAGUAUAUAGCUCAUUUAGGACUUAUACACUUAAGGAGAAAUGUAGAUUCUCCAAAUAUACAGUGAACUUAUAGGUGGAGCAACUCUUUACACGUAUGCAGUAAAUAUAAUAGGAUGAAAGCAGACCAGGACCUCCUUGCAUUAUAACCUAAGUAGAGUAGGUAGUUAGGGUGCUUAUAGGAACACUAUUCACCCAGACCACUUCAUCCCAGUGAAGUAGCCUGGGUGAAUUGUCCCUGCCCAAUUAAUAAACUGUAUUGUUUACAUUCCAGUGUUACGUCCACCUCUAGCGGCUGUCAGUAUGAUAGCCAGUAGAGGUGCUUCCACUGCAAUGUUUUCCUAUGGGGAAGUUUGAAAAUGUCCACUAUGAGGAGCAUUGGAUUUGACCAUGAUGAAGGAGGCCAUGCCAUCUCAGUGAUGCCACUGAAAGCAGGGUGGUAAGCAGCGUGCUUAAAUCUCCUAUUUUAUGAAUUAUUAAUGCAUCUGGUGUUGAACAGGGACAGACACUAUAGCAUUAAGAAUACAGAUUUGUAUUCUUAAUGCUAUCAGAACACUCUUCCCAUAACUCCUUCCCUGCGCCCCCACCCCCUCUCCCCCAACAUGAAUGGGCUAAAUGGCCUUUUUAACAAUUACCUGAUUCCGGUGCCUUGCACGCAUUUGGCUUUUCCCAUAGGAUAAGCAUUAAAUCAAUGCUUUCCUAUGGAGUAUUGGAUGUCCUCAUGCAAAACGUGAGUAUAUCCAGCGUUGUUUCAUAGAGUCAAAUUCAGUGAAACAGGGAGACAGCCACUAGAGAUAGUCUUAACCCUGCAGUAUAAAUGCCUGAAAUUAAUGUGUUUGUAACUGAAGAGGUACAUGAGAUGAAAUGGUCUGGGUGCCCAUAGUAUCCCUUUAAGGUCUUCUUUUUGAGCUUGUAUGUGUUUUCCAGACCAGUCUUCUCCUCCUUUUCCAAAUUUUCCCAAUUGUAUUAACUUAUUUAAUUUUGCUUUUUUUUUAUUUUCAUAUAGUUAUAAAUGUUUUUGUUUUGUUUUUGUUACAGUAUGCAUCAUAGGGUUUUGUGUUUUUUGGUUCACUCAUUUAGCAAAUGUCUUCUUAAUGUAGCCAAUAUGACAGGGUACAUACAGUGCCAGAUUGCAGAUUCCCUAAUGUUUUGAAGAAAUGGCAAGCUGUGUUUGUGGAACUGAUAAGCGCAGCCUGUUUUACGCUGACACGUUUGACACUUGAGCAGCCCAGUCCUAAGUGGCAAUGAAAAGCCAAUGAAACUUUGAAUGAAAACAACGUCUACUACGUUCUUUGAUCCAAGCCUUGUGGGAAUUUGAUCAAAGAUGUGUAAUUCUGUUCCUGUAGCUCGAUGUGUCUAAACUCUACCUAAUCAUUAUAAAUGACUUUUAAAUGCCCUGUCUGUUUACCUCCAUCUGUAAAUAUACAUUUAUUUCAUAUGAUUGCUAUGUAACCACGACAGGAACCUCUUGUUUAAUCUAGGUCUUUCAUCAUCCUUGUGGAGCUCCCACUGCAUUCAUUGACUGCAGCUGCUGCUUGCCCUUUUCGUUUUAGUAGAUCUGCACUGCCUCAGGACCAUGUCUUGCUCGGCCUGCACAUGCGGUGACACACUCGUACACACCCACCUUGUACAAACAUGCCAACUCAGACAUACGGCUGUCAUCAAUUAGUCAUGCCCGUACUUAGCCAAAAAAAGUCUUUUCAUCUGUCACAGGGUACCUCGGUGUUCCAACCUACGAAGAAUUUAAACACGCUGUUGCCUAAUAUAACAUUUGAAUAUAGACAUAACACUCUGUGCUAUCUUGGGCUAUUAUUCAACAUUUGAUAACCAUAGAGACCGCAAACAGCUUUUAUAGUGGCGGCCCAGGCUCUAUGUGGUUAACUGCCAUGUGGUUAUCAUUCUCUGAGCUUAGCUGUCAGCAGACAUCCACAACAGAUGUAUUUUAGACCGCAGAAGGUGAUCAGGAUAUGCCGAUUCUGAAUAUUUUGCAGAAUAACUUUAUUAAAAUAAUGCAGUCUCAUUUAAGGUCAGAUUAAAGGAACAGUCCAGGCACCAUUAGCACUACAGCUUGUGUGGUAAUUAAGGUUGCCUGGCGUUCCCUGGUAGCCAAUCAGGGUAAGUAGUGUUUUGUCAUGUUCAUAAUGUAAUAUAGAGAGGAGCAAUGGCAAUGAUGCUGCACCUCACCCUGCUGCCUUCUCCAGCUUUUCUUGUAAUUUGCAAUUUUUCAGUCUACCUCUCCUCAUACUUUGCAUAUAAUCUGGAUAAUCGCUGCAAUCUUCAACAAAUAAUUUUUUAUUUUAUUUUUUACGCAGUGAAGGAUAUUUGCUUUUUUUUUGGGGAACUACAUGUAAAAAUUAUUUGUGUCAAAAUAAAUGGCAAUAUAACUGAUGCAGAAUUACACAAGGGUAUAGCUAAAACUGGGUUACAGCACUGUUAUGUUUGAAUAGGUGCUGAAUAUCCAUAAAGUCUGCUCCACCUUCCAUGGUACAUCAAAACCAAUCCAUUUUACUCUAGUUUAAGUAAAGAUAACAUUUGUGCUGUUACUAAACAUUCGCACUAAGCUGUGUUCUGUGUUUCUUUUAAGAAAUGUUGUUGCUUAUUCACAAAUGCGUAUUAUUUAAUCCUUUGGUCACAGAGCACGACACCCGAUAUCUGUGCUGUGUUUACAAAGCAUUGAAAGGUUUUAGAUACAUAAACUUGUUAUGUUCCAAGCGAAGAGGAUAAAAUCCACGGCUUAACUUUCAGGAAAUCGCUGGAAUAUUUAAAGCAGGCAGUACGCACAACUCUGAAGACGGGGUCUUCCGCUAAAAUGUAUUUUUUUUUUUAAAACUACUAUUUCGCACGUCUCUUAUUUACAGCUUCUUUGGUCAUAAUAAUUUUUACUUGUGACAUUUUUUUCACUGCUGCUUUCGCAUAGUCCUUUAAGUCCCAUGUGGAUCGGAUUGUGCUGAUGAAACAAUUAUAAUAGAAUAAUUAUAUUUUACAACAAAACUUGUGCUAUAGAGUGUUUGAGUGCUAAUCUGUAUUGGACAGUACUAAUGAAUAAUUGUUGUUCUUUUCAAUAUUUGAGAUAAAUGUAAAAAAACAAAGUUCCUGUAAGCAUUGGCUAUGGUCCCACAAUGUUCUAAUUAAUUAUAUUCUUUACACCUGCCUUCAUAAAUACUUGGGGUUAAUUGCCAAACCAUUUAAAAACUUGGGGUCCACUGGUUUCUAUCUCUGCAGCUCGCAUCCUGCCACACUGAGCUGACCUUGGUGGUGCAGCACGUAGGUCAUUUUCAAAGAGUGCUCACAGAUUCUUUCGGCCAGUGAGCAAGCCCUAUUUGUACUUUGCAAUAAUGUUAAGCAGAUAUGGUGCCAGCAGUUCUUAACCUCUUGGUCGAUCUGAAGUUUUGGUGCCCAAUCUAUUUCAGUGGGUCCCCAGUGAUUAAAACAGUCACAACAUAUUCAUCUUUUCAGGUGCCAACUAAUCAUAGUGUACUCCCUCCCCCAACACAUUUUAAAAAACAAAACAAAAAAACACUUUUUUUUUCUUUCCCCCACCACGAAUAGCAACGAUUAACAAUAACUCAGCAAAAACAAUGUUAACCAUAUAAAGGAUAUUUGCCAUCUGCAUUUUAAUUAUAAGCUGUAUUCCUCUUGAAGAAUGGAUCGCAGAGUCAGAUUUAUAAUUUAAUAAUGGGUCACCAUGCUAAAGACACACUCCAAGCACCAAAAUAACUAGAACAUCUGUAGUGGUUUUGGUGCCAGAAGUGCCCUGGUGCCCUCCCAACAACAGCGCGUUUUUUAAAAGUGUAUAUAGUCAGGAAUUUCUUUAUACAAAAAAGUUGUAUUGUAUUAUUUGGUUUCCAUUUCCUAUUCUAACCUCAUCUUCUGAAAAUGUGUAACAUUGGAGGUCUAGAAUAACUAUUGGUGGUGUAUUGAGCUUUGUGUAUUGUGAAAAAGAUAUGCUAUAUCACAAGUCUGUUCAAUAUCGUGUUUUGCAGUAAUUUACCAUUUUGCAUUAAACGCUCCUCUAGGUUUGGCAUCCAUCCUGUUGCUGGCCGUAUGCCUGGUCAACUGAACGUACUCCUGGCUGAAGCCGGUGUGCCAUAUGACAUUGUGCUGGAGAUGGAUGAGAUCAAUGAAGAUUUCCCUGGUAAGAGGUCUUAACAGAAAUGUAAAUUUUUGGGGUAAAUCAAUAAAGCUUUUGUUUUGUAAAUUUUUUGGAUUGCGAGAGCUCUCCACUAUCAUCCCCUGGCUUAACUUUGGGUCUAGGACUUGGUUCCAGAGUGUCGUAUUUAUUUAUUGAUUUAUUUUCCCUAGACCAGGCAUAGGCAACCUUUGGCACUGCAGAUGUUUUGGACUACACCUUCCAUGAUGCUUUGCCAGCAUUAUGGGUGUAAGGGCAUUAUGGGGGAUGUAGUCCACAACAUCUGGAGUGCCGAAGUUGCCUAUCCCUGCCCUAGACAAUCGAACAUUUAGUUAGUAAAAAAUAAAGAGCAUUUACACUAGUUUCCAUUUCUGAUUUUAGGCAGAUUUGAAAAGAGAUUUACUGAAAUUGCUUUUGGUGCGGCUUUAGUCAGAAUUUCUCUGUAAUCCAUGCAGGUUCAUUUUAACAAUUCCAUGAGAGAACAGAGACAUACCCUGCAGAUUUUGCAUUGCUGUGUUUACUUUCUAAGCAGCUGUUGCUGUUUUAGCGACUCAAAGAAAUGCCAUUUUCUAUGGUUAUUAAAACGCAUUCGUAAUACAUUACAAUUUUCUUGUAUUUAAAUAAGAUUAGUGUUUCCUCACACCCCCUAGCAGAUCUUCCACCUUCCUGUGAUUUUUGAUGUCAUUUAGCGGUUAUUGGGUAUCAACUCCUAAAAUAACUAUUGGAGUUAUAGCUUAUUAGUUCGAGGGCUACUCGUAGCCAAUUCUCUGGCAGAGCAUCAUGGGAAAUUACAGUUCUCUAUUUCUCCUGGAAAGCAAUGUUUUGAUGCUCAGUAAGCCUUUAAAGUACCUUGGAAGUUCUACAUCAAUAGCUUGUCUGACGUUAUAUAUGAUCAAUAUGCCCAACAAGCUUUGGAGUUACUUGAAAUUUGUAUCUGAUUUAAAAAAAAAAAAAAAAAUAAUAAUAAUUUUUUAAAAACUUGUACUUGAAUCUUUUCUCCUUUUCGUGUCCCUCCCAUAUUGCACCCCAUGUGAUAUUGGGCAGGAUAAAAGAAACAUCCCAUAUAUUGCAUAAGUAUGUCUAACUAGAAAGCUCCAAAAUACUUCAAUGCUAGAUCAUGUCAUCAUCUUUUUAUUUCCUUAGAAACCGAUCUUGUCUUGGUGAUUGGUGCCAAUGACACAGUUAACUCUGCAGCUCAAGAAGAUCCCAAUUCAAUCAUUGCUGGAAUGCCAGUUCUGGAAGUGUGGAAGUCUAAGCAGGUAAGAUACAUGGACCCCGCUUGUAGAAACAAAUGGGAAGGGCAAGAAUAUUCUUAUAGAGAACAAUGUCUGCAGAAUCUUCAGAUCGCUUUGUAGUCUCCAAAUCUAUGGUACAGAACCUUUUGUAAUUUUUGGGGUUGCAUUUUGUAAUGUUCUGAAAGCUGUUCAUAUAUCAUGGCCAACCAUACUGUUUGGGAUUGUCUAACCUGUUUGAUUGUCACCUCUCAGAAGUGACUGUUUGCCUUCUACAUCUUUUAUAUCAAUAUGGAGGGGCUAUUAAUUAUUGGUGUUCUCAUUGUGACCCUACUUUUCUUUUGAAGAUUAUCGUAAUGAAGAGAUCACUUGGUGUUGGCUAUGCAGCAGUAGACAAUCCCAUCUUCUACAAGCCCAACACUUCCAUGCUUUUGGGAGAUGCCAAGAAGACCUGUGAUGCCCUCCAAUCUAAAGUUCGGGAAUCCUUCCAGAAAUAGAUGCUUCCUUGUGAUUUUUCUACGAGUUACUUACUGGCCAGUGUUACAAACACCAUUUUAUAAUAGAACAUAUUAGCCGUUACCCUGGAGCAUGGGUGAUGCAUUGAAUUACUGAAACAAACAGAAUAUGGGAUAUGGAGUUAAAAGCUGCUUGUGCUGGUUUGAAUGAACAAAAUCAAUAGAAUUUCAGAAACAAAAAAUGUAUGGUUCACUAGUUUUACAUGAAAGCCAUUCUGGCUUGGUAUUUUGUAUAUUUCUACCCAGGUGUAAUAUUCAUCAUGACACACACUAUAAAUUUGGUAUAUAGGGUCUGUAAAAAAAGUCAAACCCUGAAAGUGGAGAACAAUGUUUCUGUAAAAUGUGCUUUUGUUUCGAUCUUAUUGCAGGUUGAUUUUGCCAAACCAAUCACAUUUCAAAAUUUCCUGAUCCUAUUAUUUUCUUUUUCUUCCCCAUCUUCAAGCAUCAUGCGUGAGCUCUCUUAAUAAUUCCUUGCAUUACAACUCUGCAUUACCUACUCGAAGUACAAUUUAGACUGCUCAUCCGGUUAUCCAUAUUGUAUUAAUGUGACAUCAUACUUGUAUUUCAUGAGAUCACGCAAGUAUCAGAUAUUCUAUUCAUUCUGAAGACUCUGGAACAAAACAUUUGCAUCAACCUUUUAAUGAAAUAUAGCUAUUAUACGGGAAGAAAAAAAACCUUUAGACAUAUUUUUCUAUCAGGUUUUUGAAUAUGUAAUCUGAUACAAACACUCUUCAAAAUGUAUUAUUUAGAAACUGCUUGUUCAAACACAUAAGCAUGUUCCAAAAUUGAAAUCAUGAAGCAAAGUAUUUAAAAUGUUGUAGUAAUGAUGUGGAGCACAUACAUCCACUAAUUAGCAAUCUUUCUAUUGUUCUGUAAUCCAUAAAUAGGACAAUCAAGCAAAAGUUAUUUUCUACAUAACCUAGAAAGUCCAAAUAAAACUUGACUUUUAGAUAUCUCACAACCUUAGUUAGUGCAGAGUCCGUAAUCGAUAUUGGAUUUUGAACGAAAACCAGAAAUGCUUAAAGAACGGACACGACUCGACUGAUCUUGUUACAGGUAUUUUGCUCGUCAGGAGAAUUUUGCAGUAAACCUAGUCAAUCAAAACUAAAAUACAUAAUUUAUUUAAUACCUUACUAUGGUCUUAGUCCUUUCAUUGUGACACAGAAAAGAAAUGUGAAUUUGAUAGCUAUAUGAACAAUAUUAGAAGAUUGCCUACCUAAAUGUGAACACUGUCCAGUUUGUGAUUAUUUCAGUGUAUUCGUGCCAGCAAAUGCAAAACCUUUGCAUAGACUGUUAGACAACUAUGUAGAUACAAAUGUAUUAAACUUCUCAGGUCCUUACUUUUAAGAUAUAUAGUAUACUUAAUACUAUAAUAAAGACAAUAAUAAACUAUUCAGGCUAUCCGUUUAAUGAGCUUUUGUUUUCUUGUAUAGGAUUAAAAAUAUAAUAUUGUGCAGUCAGAAUCUGGCUGGGUUAUUCAUUUUUGAAAAAAAAAAAAUUUUUUAGCAGGACUAUAACGCCACGCAUUUUCAUUAAUGGCCUCUAAUCCAUUUACAAGUGGUAAUUUGUGUCAUCCAUUUUCUAGUUUGUUUCAGAGUGAUAGACCUAUUGCACUGGCUUAGUGUACCAUACAGAUAGGAGCUUUUCUUUUGAAGUGGUUCAUCUUAAUGUGGUAGAUCGGGAUGGUUAACCUCUGAAGUGAUGGGCGACCAUUGCAUUUAUUUUUUUCUUUGCAUAUUCAUCCGGCACUAAAGGGAUUAAUUGUGUAAUUGUUUUUAUAUAUGUACCAUCCCAAUGAGAUCUAUUAAAGGAGUCAGCUUAACUAUAUUGAGGUGUGUGUGUGUUUCUUUGUUUUUGUUUUUCCGUUUUUCCUCAG